GUUUUCCAAUUGUAAUUUUUUUUUAAUGGCUGACAUUUAGCAAUGUCAAGGCUACCGUGUGAUUCAAUCUAUAUAACCAGCUUAGUACAGAGAAGUAAAAUUUAAGUUUUAGCAGACCUUAUAAUUCGGGCAAUAGGACUUGUUGUCCAACAGCUGUAUUUUUGCUACCUGCCUAUUUUGUCUCCCAGGCAUUUUCAAUAGUAUUGGAUAAUUUAAUUUUAUCAGAACCACCUGUUGAGCAGGAAAGGAAAGUGAACCCAAUCCUAUUUUACUGAAGAUGGCUGGAGAGAUAAUCACAAACAGUGCCAGAUAAUUAUUUCAAUGAUUCCACUAUAAGUAUAGCUACUAUUAUGCAACGUUGACUCUAGAUGAAAGAAAAAAUUAAACAUAUAUUUUUCUUUGAAACCUGGUUGCACAAAGUAGCUUUAAGGGGAAUGCAGAUAACUGUUUUUUGUUACCGGUUAAAAGGUUUCCUCUCAAAGACUGUUUGAUUCAGAGAGUGAGAUACAAAUUCAGCAGAUUGGUUACUUCACUCAACCCCCAAAACGUAUUCAUAUCCCAAUUUAACAACGUAUGUUAAAAUAAUUGAUGGGAUUUCCUCCGCUAUAAUCACAAAUUUAGGAUUUAUUGCCUUGUUCCAUCUAAUAUUAAUAUAUAUAUAUAUAUAUAAUUUUUUUUUUUUUUUCUCCUCGUUGAUGACUUAUUGGAGUUUUAACCUGCUUAUUUAACUACAAUAUUAAAGUAAUACUUUGUGGAACUGAUUGUGUAUACUUUCCUUUGUAAGAGGAUCUCUUAGUGUUACUGCGUAAUUUCCUUCACCCGUCUAGAAGCGUUGACUUGUAUAACAGGUGGAAAAGCAAAGGCUGGCAAGCAGCACUCAAGUGUUAUAUCACAGCACGCAGAGGGGGGAGGUAGGAUCCCUGCAUCUCCUUUCACAUCCUGGCUGACACCUUUUUUUUCAAGGGGCGUGGGAUUGUCUCAGUCAUUUAGAGAGUCAAACUUCUCACCUCUGUGCCACUUAAUUACAAAUGAGACAGGGGUUUCCCAGGGUUAGUGAGCACAGAGAAUUCUCCUCCUACUCAACAAAAAAGGAAAUGGAGGAUCCCCCACCCACCUAUCCCCCUUAAGAACACCCUCUGUUUCCCCCUGCUGUAGGAAGUUAACCGUUUGCACAGUAGUGUGGGGUCCCCGGCAUGAACCCAAGCAUAUUGUUUAAUCUGAAUGCUUAAUUAAGACGUGUAUGUGUAUACCAAGUCAACCUCUUUCUUUUCUGUCUUUCUUAAAAGACCCCCUACCUCUUCCAAGGUAUUUGAGUUAAAUCUCUGUGGGGCUUGUUGAGGGAAAUGAGUACAAUAGAUUGAGUAAAGGUUUCAAUGGGGUCAACAUUCCCACAUAUCAAAAGACAUUAAUAUCUCUUGAGCAGGUGUGUUGAAGGUUAAUAGCUGAAUAGGUUGUUUUCCUUUUCACAUGGCUAAAUCUCUGUCUGUCAAGAUGUUCUGUUAACAGGCUUCUAUAUCAGAUCAGAAUGUUAUAACACUACAUAGCGCCACUAUACAAAUUAACACUGGUUGGUGUUCAACUUCUCCUCCUUAUGAUGAUAUUUCUUGUAGAAAAGGGAACAUGGGGACAUUUAAACAACUUAUGGUUUUCUUCCCAGUCCUUGGAGAUAUACAGCCAAGUGUAAUAUCCUUAAAAGUGACUGUCAGGUUAUUCACUCAGGUGGGACUUGACCAGGGAUUUGCAAACUUUUGGAAAAGUCCACUGAGUUAGAAGCAUAGUUGUUGGUGAAAAUCUAUUCAAUAUACAUCCAACAUAUUUUGUCCUAACUUUAGAAAUUCCCUUGACUGCUGUCCACAAUCCCUGAUUUAGCAAAUAACCCUUAUUUUAUGUAGACAUUCCAAAGUGCUAUUUCAUGUUACUACGGUUUUGGUUUUGUAUGUCUAAUUCAUUUAUAAUUUUCUUUUCUGUAGGGUUUCUCUAAAAAUAGGAGACUGUGUCUUGUCAUUGUUAGAAUGUUUGUGUGCAUGGCUUUAUAUGCACGAUUCAGGAAGAUAGCACAUCUCUAGAGCCGGGGAAUUAUGGUUACAGAUUUUUUUUUUCUUUCUUUUCUAUUUUUAUUAUUUAAUAUGGAACAACUAUUGUCUGUUGCACAUUUUUAGUUAAUUUUUUUUUUUGACAAUUUUUAGUUGGGUCUGUUGCACUUUUAAAGUUUACAUGUACAUGACAAAUUCUUGUGUGUGUGCUAUUGCUGUGCUGUAGGGACAUGUGGUAUUUUUCUUUUGUUUAUAUCUGAUACACAGAUAUGACUAUAUUAUGUGGAUUAUUAUUUAUUUUUUAUUGCUCCGUAACUUGAGCUCCCUCCAAUAGUUUAGUAUUUACACUAUUAGUAAUGUCUUGGCCUCUAGUUGUUUUAGCUACUGGGUAUGUGAGUGUUUGUUAAAGAAAUUAUUAUUAAAUAUUCGGAGUUAAGUGUUCCAUAAAUCCUUUUACUUUUCUUCACUUUUUCACACUUGUAUGUUAAUGCCUUUAUAAUAUAUAAAUUAUGUGUGUAUCUCUGAAAUAGGUUUGUGUGGUUGAUUAAGAAUGCCUGUGUGUACAUAUUUACGCAUAGACAUACUAUGUAAUUGUGUAUUCAUCCAUGCGUGUAUUCUUAUGUAUUUUGUAGAGAUAAAUCUAUAUCUAAUGCAUCAAAGUUACUGGUCUUUCUAUAUAGAAUAGGAACAUUUAUUGAAUGUCAUACAAAGUGUGUGUAUCAUGGUUUUAAAGUCCCAUGGAAAUCUUCUAGAAAUGUGAUUUAAUGACUUAUUGUCCCUGUAGACUCUGCUUUCUCAGAAUGUUCUAUUGGAUUAAUUGCAAAUAAACACAGCUAAUAGGUAUUUGGGGGUACUUUCUAACUUCACUAACUCUGUAUAUUUUCCAUGAGGAUUCGAUGUAUAAAAUGUGAGGUACUGGUUCUUUUAAUUACUUAUUUUUACACCAUACAAGAUUUUAAAUUUGAGGGUAUUUUUUUUUUUUUUCCUUCAAAUUAUGUAAAUGAUACACAUUUUCACUAUUGGUGAACUAUUCUUUUUGAACCUUCUAUAACAUUUCAAAAACUGCACCUAAAUUAUAUAUAGUACAAGUUUUAUAAGGCUUAUUUAUUUAUUUUCUAUAUAUAAUUACAGUUCUCUCUGAAAAAUCUGUUCUUUCUCAAAACCUACACAAUGUCAUGGAAAAUAUGUAAAAAAGCAUAAAUGUCAGUCUUUAGUUUUCCUUCCUAUAUAACUUCUUAAAUUGAGUUAAUCUUGCCUAAGUUCAAAUGUCCAACCACAGACAGCUGGGAGAAAGCAAUGUUUUAUGUUUUGUUUGUUUUUGUUUGGUUUUUUUGUUUUUAAACUUCUUUGUGCAUCUGAAUGCUGCUAUCUUUAUUUGGAUGCAUGGUUAGUGAUUUAUGUUGCUACAUAUGUAUAUAUUUGACAUAUUUCUUUAUAGUGUUUCAAUUUGGCAACCACAAAGUUACUUACAGUGUCUGAUAUCUGAGGGAAUGUGGACAAACUCUGCUCCCUCAAACCGGUGCACUAUUUAGAUCAUUCAUCUUUAAAAUCCCUCCCACCAGUGCCAGCCAUCUCCCAAGCUUCCUCACGCUCAUACAUACACACACACACACAGACACGCACACACAUUCUCCAUUCAUAGAGAGCAGACAGGAAUGAGGAAUCUCAACAUCUGUUCCCUUCUCUGUUGUAAACCUCCCUUUUUUUUUUUUUCUUCUUUUUUUUUUCUUUCUUCAACUAAUAAAGCCAAACAAAACACAUUGUAUAACAUAGACAGGGCAAGAAGAAGCUUUUGUAAAUAAAACCCACGCCUUGAUCAGGCAAGCUGCUAUUUGGACUACAUUGGUAUUAUAUACUUGUACUUUCUUUUACAAUUUUUUAGUUAUUUAAGCAAUAGUCAAAUGCCCUUCCAAAAGUCCUCAAGUUUCCAUCUAACACCUAUCUAUGCUUCAGUGACUGUCACCAUACAGUUAAAUAAGGAUGAUAUUAAGAGAUUACAGGAAGGAGACAGCUUAGUGGAGAUAUUUUUAGGAUGCCUUCAUGUGGGUGAUUAUAGGAUUGGGGAAACUGCAGGGGAUUUUGUAUUUUUUUUUUUUAUGGCAGGAAUUUUCUGUAUUUUUUUUUUUUGAGUUGUUCUCAUGUACAAUUUAAUUUUUGUCUUGCAUAUUGUAAAAUGUGAUGUUGAGCAAUUUAAUAGUUUGCCCUUCUGUGGGAUUCUUUUAAAUAAUGGUUAAAUUGUCAAUAAAUUGCACCCCAUUGUUUGACUUCUUACCUGCGGUCCUCCAGACUCCACUACCUGGCUCCACUAAAUUAGUCAGAAGCUGCCGUUGGCUCACCUGAGUUAAGCAGUGCCUUGCCAGGCUUGCCUCCGAGAGCUUCUGUCGGAAGUAGUGAAGAGUGGAAACCCUGCAUGGCAGAACCGAGAUAAGUCAAACCUUUCUAAAACCGUUUCAGUACUUACAUUGAGUAGGUGUCUGGACAGUACUGGCACUGUUGUGGUUAUGGUGCUUAGGGUGUUCCUUUUAAGUUUUUUCCAAAUCUUGAGAUCAUACAGAAAACAUAGUCCUACUCCUACAUUAAAAUACUUAAAAGUAUAUUUCAAAAAUUUAAAACUAUGGGAAACUUGAGCAAAAAAAAAUGAAUGAAAGAAAACAAAAAACCACACACAAAUAGGAUGUGAUCGUACUGCAUUAUUUUUUUUGUAUGUUAAUGUAGAUGGGGAAAAUGUGCAUUCACAUUUUUGUUCUACAAGUUGUGAUCCUAUUUAUUUAUUUUUCCACUAUGCCUUUUAACUCUGGUCUUUCUUCUCGCUUUCCAGAUGUUCCCUUUGCCUGUGGCUAAUGGGAAGACCAGGCCUACGACCUUGGCCAGUACUCAGUUUGGAGGAACAGGUAAAUACAUUAGUUUAUUUUCUUAACACUGAUUAAAACUAUCCUGCAAAUAAUAUUACAGCAAGCUAUAGAUAAGCAUGUUAUCUGCAAAUCUGUUUAUAAGCAUCAGUUUUAUUUGUAUUCUGCAAGUGCUUCUAAACCCUAGUGGAGAUCUAAAAAAAAAAGUGUUGCUAACUGGGGGGGGAAAGGGAAACUUCAAAAAGUGAUCAUCUGAUUCCAAAUGAAAAGCUGCUGGUAAAAAAAAAAAAAAAAUUGGCUGCAUUACGAACUCCUUCUCUUGUUUAAAAUUUCUACAAAAUCUGUGGAUCGUGUCAGAGGGAGGUUAUGGCGGUAAGGUCUCUUGUGUGUUGGUGUAUGCCAAUGUGAUGUAUAACGGUCACAUUCCAUCCUGAGCAAUGUGGUAUUGUCAGUCACUGGAAUUGUCACUUGCAUUAAGGCUCAUCUGACAUCUACUUUCACUAGGUAUGUAGUCAUGCAUAUAGCUGUUGGCUGUCACGGUAAUGUUUUGUUAAUUAAAGUUUUUUUUGUUUUUUUUUGAGGAUUAUAUCUUUUACAGGCGUGCUUAUAGGGGCACCGUAGCGGUAUCCAAUGCCACAUUUCAAACUGAAGUUGUGCUCUGAAAGUUUUUAUUUCUUAAUUUUGUGUGUGUGUGGGUUUAUUUUUUAUUUUUUUUAUUUUUUUUUUGGCAGUACUUAUGGGAAACUACAACCACUCCCCUGAUUUGAGUAAUUUUUGAUUGAUAAUGCAGUCCGAUUCACUGAUUCUUCCCCUUUAUUUUUUUAAUUUUUUUUCCCUUUAAACACCAAGCAUGAGACAUCCAGCAAUAGCUUUCCAAAAGCCGCCCCCAUAUCAUUGUGACAGGCUGUCAGUGUUUUCAUGGCUUUUAGUCCAUGCUGCAGACAGCUUCUGCACCCGGUAUGCUUAAGUCAUGGCGUGUACCCCAGUCCAAUGCUUGUCAGAUUCACAAUGAAGCAGUCCAGCACCACUGCCUGAUUGGCCCCUCAGGCUGAGGGAGCACCCUAGAUAGAUAGAUAGAUAUUGAUGAAUAUAUAUAUAUAUAUAUAUCUUAUUUUAUUUUUUCUUCAUGACAAUAGUGUAGGGCACCAGUUUAAACCUACAAUAUCAUCUGUGCUUUUGCUGCAGGUAAGGUCCAUGUUCCAAUGGCCACAGUAAAUUCACUAAAGGGAAACCUCCGCACACUGCUGAGUGACAAAAUUGUGGUUUAUUCCGUCAUCAAAUAUAGUGGCAACAUUUCAACACUUGUGUGAACUGGAUUAUCACAAAAGACACUCACGGCAAAGCCACGAUGCACAGAAUGUUAAAUAGCGGGGAUUGACUUUUUUUUUUAGCCCUCUUGUACUGUUUCAUCAACCGAAGGUGUCUUAUGUAAUGAAAUAUACGCAUCUCCUAUUCUUAAGGUGUGUCCUAUAGAACAUAGCGAGGAGCUUUGGGGAUAUUAUAUAUUUCCUUUUUUAAAAUUUUUUUUUUUUUUUUUCUCCCAUUUGAAAUUUAUGUUCAAUGUCAUUUGCUCCAUGUUUGCAGUUCUUAAGUCAGUGAUAGCUUAAAGGGAAACUGUAGGCACUAUAACCAUUUUAUCGCAUUGCCUUUGUUAUAGUGCCAGGAGUCCUCUGGAACUGUCCCUCCAUUAAGUGUUUAACCUUUUUAUUUAGCCGUCUAACCCAAAAUACGCGUCUCUGGCCAUCUGCAGUACAGCCACCUACUGGAGGUAUGGCUAAGACAGAGAUUACAUACUUUUUUUCUAGCUGUACCAAUUGAUAGCAGCAAUAGGGGCAGUGAUGGGCUGAAGGCAGUCAGCUGGCAAUAUCAGCCAAUUAAAGCCACCCAUUGCUGCUUUGGCUUAUGGUUCCCUGUUAGCAACUUAGGACUCUAGUUUAGCAUUAAAAACAUUUUGAUACUGAAUGACCGUGCCAGGGGAAUCCAAACACUAGAACUAGUUCAAACAGAUGAAGCAGUGCCUACAGUGUCCCUUUAAUCCCUAUGAAUUACAGGAUAUAAUUCAAGGGGUGAUAACUUUGAAACCUUGAACAAAAUGACACACAUCAUGAGAUAUAAAUUCUAUUUAAUGCUUGUAUUCACACAAACCCCUUUUGAGUUAUGAUCGUAUAUUGCUACUGGGAAAAACAUUUGUCUCCUAUCUAUCUUUGCUCUUUAUUGAAUAUGGAUUUAAUGUAGUUGGACUUCUAAUUUGUAAAAAUAGGAUAACUGUUGUGUUUACACCAUCCCUCACUUAUAGCUAUAUUCUUAAAUAUACAGUAAAAGAGGACAAAUCCAAGUGUGUGGUUUGUUGUUUUUUUUUUUAGAAUGCAUUAACCUGUUAAGAACCACGAAUUGUGCAUGUGAUAACCAUCUUGUUGCCAUAGACCUUACUCUUAGUCAGAAUGCCAUGCUCAUGUAGGGUGUGUGUGUGUAUAUUUUAUGGUUUAUAGGCAGUAGUUUGUAAUGAUGAUUUCUGUGUUUAUUUUCAUCUAAAGACAUUGCGGAUUUAUUUAUAAAUUUAUUUUUACUUUGAAAGUUUUUGGGACUGUUGGUCAUCCUCAUUAUAUAUAGUAUGGUGAGAAAACUUAAAACGCUUUUACCAGCUCUGUCCUGAUUUAUUUUGUACUCUGAAAUGUUCCAUGAAACAUUCUUAACUGGUAACUGUUUCAAUAAGGACUAUUGUUUUCACGCAGUAUAUUGCAUUGUAUUCACUUUUAACCUAAAAAGCUACCUAAAAUACAUUCAAUUGAAAAUCAUUCAUCAAAAUUACAUGUGAUUUAAUUAUAUUGUUAUGCAGAGCUAUCUCUUACUUGGGUUCCCAUAUUUAAUGCCCACACCUCUGAUCUGUAUUUGUUAAAAUAAUUAUAAAAUAUUUUGGUUGCACUCCUUCCUCCCUCCCCUUCUAGAAGCUUUUUCUCUGUUUCACUUGUUGGGGUGGCAGAUCCAAGAACAAGAUUUUUGCAUCUUUUGGGUAAUGAAACUAAAUUUUUCAGCCCCUAGGGGUUGCUGAGAACUUAGGUACUUUGCAAAAGCGGAGGUAUGUGUUUUAACCCAUAAACAUCUACACUUCUUGAUGUUUAAUAUUUUCACCUACCAAAUUGGCCAGAUGUGGUUCUUUAUCUUGAUCCUGGAGGUAUAUUAUUUUCACGUAUUUAAAGAAGCACACUCCAUUAGUUUUGGUUUUUUUUCCUUACUGUAUUUAUUAAAAUAAAAAAAAAAAAACAACUCUAAUAUUAAAUUUUUUUUGUGAAUUAGGCUCUUCUGCUAACAGACUAACACCCACCGGAAGGUGGUGUUUUUGGCUUUCUGGUUCACAAAAGCUGGCACCCAUUCACCAAUCGUUUUGCACCUAUAGGAACAGUCUCUCCAGCAUAAAAUACACGUUUUGAAAGCUGUGUGCAGAUAAAUAGAUGGCCUACAGUUUGUGUUAUGGCAACAAGAGGUCUGAAAGAAACAAAAGAGGGGAGUCUGACAUCUGAAAACUACUGAUCCUACUCCUCCCACAGUUCCCUCAGAAUUAAAGCUCUACCCCUCCCCCUUCAGUAUUUGACUCAUGCAUCUGACUGCUCAGAAACAGCUCACUUGUAGAGUAUGUAGAGCAAGUUGUGUGCUUUCACAUUGAAAUUAUUUAAAGGAAUAGGAUAGUGUGGGAUGACCUAAUUAAUGGUCUUUAUUGGGCCUGCAGAUUUAAGGAAACCAUGGUCAUUUAGGCACAGUGUAUUUAAUUUUGUCUUAUUUGAUACAUUAACAAGCUUUGUCUGAUUUAAGAACUGUCCCUUUGCUGUAAUUUACACUCCGAUUGUAAGCUCCUUUUAAGCAGGGCCUGCUUCUCCUCUAAAUAUCUCCUUUCAAUAAUUGUAAAAUGUGUGGGCGUUGCAUAAAUUAAAAUCAUGAUAAUACAGAGUUAAAAUAAUUGAAAAUCACCCAUAACUUGUUACAUUUGAUGUUCUGUUUUCUUUUUGAACCAAUAUACAAGUAGGGAUAAGUAAACCAUAAAAAUUCAUGAAACUGACAGAUCCCAUUUUAAUGGGAUUGGGAGAUGCUAAUGUCUACUAGCUGUCCUAUUAAACACGUAAAUGUCCAAUAUUACCAUUAUGUUAUAGAGUAAAAAAAGUGGAUUUACCGAUUUUAUGUUUGCUGCCAUUUUAAACAAUGAGAUUCAUCUAAUAAGUGCAUAUAAUGGUUUUUAUACAGUUUUGUGACUAUCCCUUCCCUGAUCCUCGUUUUGUACACAAGCCUCUAAUAUUGUCUUAAUCUGACGCACUGGUGUGUGGCUUUUCGUAUUCAUUACCUGUAACUUGUGCUGGCCAUUGAAAGGCAUUGCGUUAAAUUAGAACUAAACCGAAUAUUGUAGUUAUGGUGCUUGGAUGCGGUGGUUGUAUUCCCCUUUUUUUUGCUUUGUACGCAAUGUUUAUGUAAGUGUUUGUGCAUGCUCAUACAAUGCACUAGUCUGUGACGGCUGAGUUAUAGCGUGUGCGCAUUUAAAGGGUCAGCAGCAAUCUACAUUAAAGCAAUUUUUUUAUUUGUUUUGUUUUAGUUUCUUAUGACAUCUCAAGUUUAGGGGUAGUGAAAAAAAAAAUAAAAUAUAUAUAUAUAUAUAUAUAUAUAUAUAUAUAUAUAUAUAUAUAUAUAUAUAUAUAUAUAUAUAUAUAUAUAUAUAUAUAUAUAAUAGUAUAAUCCAGCGCACGCACUCAUUCACUAAAUAUAAUAGGCUAAUGCAAUGUAUGAUCAUAUAAUGUAACGCCCCUUCCCCAAACCUCCCCCGUCCCACCCCAAAUUAUUUUUACCUAGGUGAGAAAUUUAAGAAAAAAACCACUUGCGUUCUGUGAGCUUUGAAAUUGCUGUAUAGUGAGUGCUCUGGAUCUUGUAUAUUGUAUGAAUUGGCUCCAGCAGCCCAACAGCACACUCAUAAUGUAUGCAUGUUCAGGUGAAUGCAGCUUUCUUGGUUAUAGUUCAGGCAGUGCAUGUCUAUACAUAUUACUAAAAGGGAGCUGCCACUUGUUGGGAUUUUUAAUAUCAUCUUUGCUUAUAUAUUGCUUAUAUUUAACAAAUAUAUUUUCGUGGGGUACGAAAAAUAGUUAAGUGUCGAAUAUUUACUUUUAAUCCUGCAUUUGUAUGACUCCAUCUUAGUUCCCUGUCAAUCAUUGUUCUAAGCCCUGUGCUUUGCACCUGGCAGUCGGCAUAGAGAAGUCUUGCAGUGAAGAGGAGACUUGAAACAAUGUUUCUAUUUGUCCUACUCAUUUGCUGUGUUUGCUCUGGCUUUGCCUUGUCUGAACUCGACUAUGUUAAAUAUUUAAUAUACAUGUGUAACUUUAAAAGAAGAGAAAAAAAAAAUUUUAAUUUUUUUUUUUACCCCUCCAUUUUCUUUUAGACAAGUUAUAGCUGAGUUUUGAAUCUUAUUCAGCGUUUAAUUCCAGAGAAGUGAACACUCUCCUAGCAUCCCCUGUUUCACUUUGUUUCUUGGCCCCAAGAAUAAAAAAUGUCCUGCCAUUUCCUAGAUGAGGAUUAUGGCCGUUGGUUUAUGAUGGCAAAAAUUAUGACACAGAAGAAAGUAUAGUAGUUUUAAAGGAACAUAAUAACUCUACCUCUCCCCUGAAUGCCAUGUGAUGUUCUCUUAACACUGGCACCUUCUAUAUUUACACACCUCUAACUUCAAAUCAUGUACUUCAAUAUCAUCUAUAUGAAGUUUUGUUUACAGAAGGUGUACCACAUUGUUUUUUUUUGUUUGUUUUUUUGUUUUUUGCUUUGUUUGGUUGUUUGUUUGUUUUUUUUGCCUGCAUCUAACAUUGUAAAUGCUGAAAAUAAACACUUUUUUUUUUAAUUUAGAAAGUAGACUUGUAUUUCAGCGUAUUAAUUGGACAUGCAUGUAAUAUAAAUGGGUGUUUAGUAUUGGUACAAUGAACUAUAUUUAUAUGAUUUAUUAGGUUACUUUAAUCUUAGGGCAGUUCCAUGAGAUUGUUUCACUCUUGUACAGCAACUGCUGUUUUGUACUUCCUAAUUUUUAUUAACCUUCCAGUGACAUGCAGCAAUAGUUGCUUGGAGAGACAGAAUCAAGAUAUUCAUCUAUCUUUUUGUGAAGUCAUAUGUAUAAAUACACAGCAAAUGGGGUUAUGGCGUGAGCCAAUUCAUACAAACCCCCCACCCCCCUUCCAUCCUGUUUUUCCUCCCUAUGUAGUUCCUUUAAAAAGCCCUCCUCCGUCCCUCUGCAGCUGCUCAACUCCACACCUACUUUUUCUCCAGCCCCUAAUCUCCUCUGCCUUCCUCCCUUGCUUUAUUCCUUCUCUGUCCUUCUUUGCCUCCAGUCUCCCCCAAUCCCUUUUGCACACUCCCCUCAUCUACUCUUCUCCUUGGUAUUUCCCUGCUCAGUUUCCUUGUUUUGUUUGUUUUGCAAGCUCUUUAUAAUUUUUUUUUUUCUCUUUGCUUAAAUUGGAGUAGCAGCUGCAGAGAAUUCCAGGUGUUGUAAGAGAGCCCAGUGCUGUGUAUUAAUGCAUAUCUAUUUGCUGCAGCAAAAAAAAAUAAUACAGACGGCACUGUAAUAAAACUUUGCUCAUUGAUCAUUUGUUAAAUGUUGGUUUGUUGGAUUUAUUUGAAAAUAGGACUGGAGCUAGACAUAUAACAUAUAAGUGUGUAAAUGUAAAUAAAAACAAAAACUACUUGUUCCAGGGACUUAAGCAGCAGCACAAUCUAUAUGUUCUUACACUCAAAACAAUUUCAUAUUAGGAAACCUGCCUAGAGUCCUGGACAUUGACAGGGUUGUUUACUAGAGUUUUAUCCGAGACAAAAAAAAGCUUAUCUGUAAAAUUCUCCAGCUACAUUUUAGUCACAAACUGGAGCAAUUCAAAUUUAACAUGUGAAUAGCUCUUAGUGACUCACUCUGUCUAACCUCCCCCCAUAAUUUCUCCCUCUGCCCUCUCACAGUGUGUUUGUGGUGAUGGUGUGCAUAGUGAGCACCGGCUGUGUGUGUGGUGCAUACCAUGGCGCUCAGUCAAGCUACAGCCACCAUUAUUCCCAGCCUGAGCUGUUAUUUAUUACGGAGUCACUUUUUGAAAAGGAGUGAUUUAAUGUGGUAUGUUCCUGCUGGAAGUGCAGACCAUGUGCUCCUUACCUGGGCCCUAACCCUCCAAGUCCAGGUAACUGGGCUGAAGGCCGAAAAAAGAUGUCUCCCUGUGGCCCAAGUCCUGGGCAUUGGGCUAUAGGAAUUCCACAUCUCGGAGUUCCACAUUACGGGGAAUGAUCGUUCUGCACAGACAAAGCUUGAGCAAUAUAAAUGUAUAAUUUUUAUAUACCUUUUUGUUGCAUUUAAAAAAAAAAAAAAAAAGUAAAAGGCGUAUGGAUCAGGAAAUAUUUGUUUUUAUAUGUACACAUAGUAUGUUAAGUUUCUUGUUCUUUAUGGCCUUGUGUUGGAAUUUAUGACCCUAAAAGCAGAUGUUCUUCUAAAGAGAGAUCAAGUCCCCUUUCCCUCCCCCAUUCUCUCAAUCCACCCAAAACAGAAUCCAAAAAUCAAGUAACCCCUUUACUCCUAUAAGGGUCAUGGGUUAAUGUGUACUAAGUGGUGGGAGGGUCAAAGCCAGCUUUCAUAGUCAGGCAGACCUUUGGAAAGAGGUUUGAGAUAUGUAGGUGAGGAUGCCUAUCCUACUGACAGCCUGGUACUAUGCAGAUGCUCGGUAGUGCAGCAUCUUGUGCGUCUACGCUGUGACUUGCUUAUAUUUUUUUUUGCUUGCAAGUAGAACUGUUCAGGAUGUGAAAGGAGUGUAUGACUGUGUGUAUGUAUAUGUAUGUAUGUAUGUGUAUAUAUUCACGAAAUGAUAACGGAGAUGCAUCAAAAAGACAAUCCACUUACUGGUAAUGCAGAAAGCAUACAUAACUAUCCCUAUCAGAAUGUAUACAUUGUAUCAGUACAUGACAAUGGAACUAAAAGUUUUGGGUGAGAAUCUUCAGAAGUUUUUAUUAUUCACAGGCCAAUUAGAACAUUGAUACAUUGUAUCCCUAUUGCUAGUAAUUGCUGCUUCAGAUAUAAAUUGAUUAGCAAGCCCUGUUCCUUAUUAUAUAUAUAUAUAUAUAUAUAUAUCCCUUGGUAUUUAGUAGCUAAUACUCAGGUCUACUAAACAUCUAUAUUAAUUUUGCUGCCUAGUUAUAUAAAGCAGAGGACAAAUAGGCUAGAUCUCCUAUAAAAAAAAAAAAAAACUCUUCAAAUCUCACAAGUCUGGCAUUCUCCUUAAAGGGACACUAGUGCCAGGAAAACAAACUUUUAUCUUAUAUCUUCCUCCUCCCCAUCAUGGUGCAAAAGGGGUGAUCACCUUCUGUCAUUUGCCUGGGUCCAGCCUUCUCUCCUCAUCCUCUCCCACCGAUGGGAGAGACCUAAUGCGCAUGUGCUGCAAUCGCAUUAGUAUUACCCUAUGGGGUUUUUAGGUGACGCUAGACAUCCCCAUGCAUAACGUGAGGGUGUCAGGUGGCAAAAAGUUCCCUAACAGCCUAGAAAUCACCCUAGUGGCUGUCUGGUAGAUAGCUAUUGAAAGGGGAAGUUAACCCCGAGCAGGUAAUUUUUGCAGUUUUUAAGAAAGUGCAAUAAUUACCCACUAGUGUUUAAGGGACAUGGGACUGUGCACCCAGUCCACGUAAAUGAGCUGAAGUGGUCUGGGUGCCUACAUCAAUGGCUUUGCCUAGAUAGAAUUUAAAUGAAUAGCGACAUCUGCUACUAAGUACCUUAGUUGCCUCUAAGCUUGUAAGGCAACCUACCAUACCCCAAGCCAAGUACUGUAUUCACUAAACUAUAAGCACAAAAAUGCAUCCUCAACCCACACCUAAAGUGAUAAAAGUGAGAGAAAAUUAAUAACAAACAAAAACCUGACCCGCAUUUCAGUGCAACAUUACACCUUCCUCAGGAAUAAAAUGAGCCUAAUAAAAUGUGCGGAUUUUAAAGGGGUUCCCGAUCCCUCCCAUGAAAACCUGUGUUGAAUCGAAUGCACGCUCUGCCUUUUCACCCUUUCGACCAAUUGGUGCAAAGCAGAUAUCCCUUAUAGGUUGUCAUUUUUUAGAAGGAGGAAUAUGUCGCUAUUCCUAUAUUCCAAGCACACACCCCGCAAGCUCCACCUCCACUCAAGCCCCACCACUUCCACUUCACACAAGACACUCACUCAUAUCUGGAGGAUUGGUCUGUAGUUGAUUUCCUAGGUUACUUUUAAGCUCCUCCUGAUACAGUGUGUAUCUAUGUAUUUAAAUAUUGGUGACAUUCAUAUGUUGUGACUUUUGUAAAAUUUUAUUGUAUUUUUUUUAUAUUCUAGAAAGAGUGACCAUGUAGUUCUAAAAAGAAAAAUAAGUUAACAUGGGCUUUUUGCAUAAAGCACAUUUAGAGAAAUGCCGAUGUUGUGGUUUGGGAAAGAGCUGCACAAAGAGGACAAGAAACUUAAGUGACCAAUUUUGGAAUUGAAAGCAGUGUUUCAAUUGGCUACUUUUUCAAAUUAUAAUCUUUGUCCAUGAGAUCUCUAUAUCUAAAUUUUAGAGAGUAUAACAGUUUUUCUAUAUUGUGCUGGCCAAACAUAAUCCACUGUCUAAGAUGUCGCUCUAAGCACCAUCACUGUGAAGGUUCUGAUGCAAAUAAUGUCCUGCCCCUAAUCACUGAUGAUGACCGUGAUCACUGCAUCAAUUUAAUAACAUUGCAACUAUAAGGCAGGUAUCCUUAAGCUAUCUGUUAGGCAGCUGUAAUCCUCACUUCCAGGUUGCCUACAUACAUUUUUGUCCAAGGUGUACAUGUGUUGAGCUGUUUAGUAUUGGUAAUAAUCUCUGAACACCAUCUUUUAGAAAAAAAAAAAAUUUAAUCCUUUUUUUUUAUUAAAUUGUUUGCUGCUGUUAUUUCUUGAACCAUUUAGAACUUCAUAGUUUGAAUUUUGGUUUAGUGUGCUGCAUGCGAGUUUGUCAGGUGUUUGCAACCUUUCAAUGCUAUCCAGUUCGGUCACAAUUAUAUUGACAUUGAUCAUGCAGAAAUGGGGUUUCCUCAUUAUCAGUGUGGCUGAAAAGAGGCUUUUACUGGACAAAAACUGAUGGCGUUUACUGUAAACUUGUCAAAAUGUUUCUCAGCACUUUUUGUCCUUUUUGUUAAGCUCUUACUUGUAGAAAGUUCCUUUUUAUGUAACUUGAGCCUUUCUGCUCUGAUCUUCCUCCUGUGCCCUAUCAUCGAGAGAGUCUGAGAUCUCUCCUUUGUUCCAAAUUCCUUCCAUGGUUGUAGUGAUCUACUGAACACUAGAAUAUAUCGAUAUAGGGUUAUUCACUAGAGUGACAUUUUGUAUUUUGUUUAUGUGAAGGGAGAAAAAACACUUGCAGCUUCCCAUUCAUUUGAACCAUUUGCGCUUGUUAUAAACUGUCGGCGGCUUCCAUUCGCUUGUAGGUGAUUAUUUUUGUCAGAAAAUGCUGCACAUGGAUUUAUGAGUAACAUACAGCUGUAGGUUUCUUGCUUUGCGUUUUCACCACUUUCUCUUUGAAGUGGCAAGAGAAGGGGGUGGAGGUAUGGUGCAAUAGAUAUAAGUUAAAAAAAAUUUUUUUUUUUUUACUAAGCGUCUGCAAUUCUGCAAAAAGUAUACAUGAAUUUAAGCAUUGCUGUUUUUCUUUAAUAAAGGUCAUAACAUUUGUCAUGAGAAAAAUGAUUUCAAAUGGUCAUUCUAAAUCUUAUUAGAAAGUUUAUUUUUUUUUAAAUUUUAUUUUGCAUUACUUUAAAACGGGCAAAAAUCAACAUUCUUUAUUUAAACCGCUCACCUAGAUUCACCAAGUGUAAGGGGUUUUAAAGGUACAAUAGUAUUUGCAAUACAAAACUGAAUUCCUAACACUAUACUGUUCCCUGUCCUUAGAUAAUUGGCAUGAAAUUUUUUUUUUUAAUAUAAAAAAAGCACUUUUACGUAACUUUUUCCAGUGGCCAGACUCCCUCUGUGCUGCUUGUUUCUCUACUUCGAGUGACCUCAUUGCGCCGGUCUUGCUUCCUCCAUUGAUGGUCCUCUCAUAGAGGAGCAUUGGAGACCUGAUGCGCAUGCACAACUAGCACUGCACGCGCAUCUAAUAAUUCUCAUUCAGUGCUUUUCUAGAUAUGUUUAACCCUGCAAUGUAAACAUUUGCAGUUUCCAUUAAACUGCAAUGUUUUAGAUUGUAGGAUCUAAACGACAGGACCACUGCACCCCAGAACAUUGAGAAACAGUGGUCUGGGUGACUAAAGGGACACUCCACUGCCCAAAUGAAUAAAGUAAAUAAAAAAUCACUGUGUAGUAGAUAUAACGUAAACUAAAACAUGCAUGCAUUGAAUUAUACAUUAUAUUUUUUUCAUUGGAUUUAUAUCUAAAAACCGCUUGCAAAACCUGCAGCUCUCUUGCCUGCUGCUUUUGCAAGCCCUCCCCUUUUAACCCCUGCUCAGAAUUUCUGCAACUGUCCAAUCAGACUUCCCAGUGGAGCUUAAUGAGAAGUCUUUGCAAGGCAGGUACUUUGGGCAAUGUUUAGCUCUACUGAGCUAAACCAAACCAGCAAGUAACAGGGCCUGUUGUCUGCUUGACCGCCAAGUGGGUGUAACCAUUUCAGUAAAUAAGUGUUAAUUUCUAUUUAAAUCUGCCAUUUUUGCAAAAUGGGUGGGGGCGGGGGGAAGAGGAGGAUAGACUCUUCACACAUAAAGGUUUUCAGCAAGCUUAAACUUUGUGUUGCAGCAAAUUCACACCAAAAAUGCUAUUCACUAACUGGCUUAACUUUACUAUGAUGCUAUUUAGUAAAGAUUUUUGCCUGUAGCAGGAGCCCACCAUAAAAUCUGCAAAAACAUUUUGUUUGCUAAAUGGUAUAUCUGUUUCAAGAGUAUUAGACUUUAAAGCAUAAAUGCUAUGCCUAGUGAAACGAGGUGUAUAUACUCUCGCUAGGCAAGCACCACUACUAAAUUUAAACACCUGCGCAUCUCAUGUCAGACUGUAAGGUCUGCCUGGGACAUGAAAACUUGGAGAAAUCAUGUUUUCACAACUAUCCCAGAAUCCCAGACUUCACAUGCAAAUAAGCGCAGUCUGCAUUGUUUCAAGGGACACUAUAGUCACCUGAACAACUACAGCUUAAUGUAUUUGUUCAGGUGAGAUCUAUAGCUCCCUGCAGGCAAUCUAGUACAGUGUUUACAUUGAUAGGAAUACCUCCAGUGGCCGUCACUCAGACGGCCACCAGAGGGACUUCCUAUCAUGUAGGGCCCUAAAAAGGCCUUGUACACGUCAGACGUAUUAAAAUACGUCUGACGUGUGCAGGAGAGAGAAGGCACUGUGUGCGCGCCUUCUCUCUCCUGCCUGUCAGCAGAGGAGAGGGGGCAGGCAAAGACCGCGAGCUGAGCUGUCAGUCAGCUCAGCUCGUGGCCACGCGCAUGUGCGGUAGUGCGCUCAAGACUUCAGAGGGCGGCAUGAAUGCCGCCCUAUGAAGUAUGUGCGGCGAAGCUGCGCAUGCGCACCAGGGAGCAAUGACUCUUCCAUUUUGACGAAAUAGGGGGCGAGGCUCCCAGCGCUGGAACCAGGUGAGUAAACUACUCUGCCUGGAGAGUCCCUUUAAUUUCUACAAAGACUCUUAGCCGUGCAUCCAAAGUGUAUGCUAUGAUCCAAAAGGACCAGUGACCAUAAACAAACAAUUGACUGUCCAGUUGCCUGCGGUGGUGCACAGUAAAAAAAACUUGUUGGCCUGGACCCAAGUGGGUAGUAAGGGAAGCCAAAGAUAUAAUUUUUUUUUUUUUUACUCUGUAAAGUAGGGCCCAUCAAGCUGUUAUUAAUUCACACCGUAUGUGGUGCUGGUCCUUUUUAAUACAUAUUACCCUGCCCACAGCCCAUGUAAUUGAGAAGGAGGAGAAGCCGCUCAUGGAGUCUCUGCUAAUAUCAUUGGUGGUGGUUCUGUUUUUUGUUUUUGUAGUGGGGCCCAUAGAUCCGAACAGCAGUUAGUCUGAGUCUGUUGUAAGUUGCUUGUGUAUUGAAGUCAAAUUGGAAAUACGAAUAUGUCACAGGAAUAUCAAAUAUGCUAUGUGGGUUGUUUUUGGUUUGUUUGUUUUUUGGCACUUCAGGCAUGUGAGAGCAUUUUAUGUGUUGUCUUAAAAAUUAGACAAUGAUGUGUUUUUUGAGUACAGGGAUUUAUUUUAAGUUAGUUGACUGAUAAUUUUAUUCUGAAGAUGUAAUGCUAAAUCUCCCCAUGGUAAUUGUGUUACUUCUAUGGCUAACCUUGCCACCGCAAAUGUCUGUGGAUUGUACUUCCCAUAAUGACUGCUGUAUCAUGGGAAAUAUUAUCUAAAAGUAUCUCCACUACCAAUUUUAGCCAGAACAGGCUUACACUGUUACACUAUUAUUAGAGUAUGGUCCUUAAGAGAUGUAUGGUAGAGUAAAGGUGAUUUUUCUAAAGUUUGUAAUGGUUUCCAUCCUCUUAUUUUAACUGUGUACCGGUAACCUAACAAGCUGCUUGGUCAGAACUCUCUAAUUACCAGCCCUCUUAUGCUCUUUGGCAAUCCCUUUAGUGCAGACUGCGAGAGAGACAGAUUAUGGUCAAAGCUGCUUAAUUUUAAAGUGUUUAUCAGACAGCCUUCUGUUGCCUCAAGUACAGGCCUUCACCGACGGGCCUCUUCACUCCUGCCUAACAUUGGGUGAGAUGUUCGUGACCAUAAAAAUUAAUUCAAACUGCAACAUUACAAAAAUGUAAAUUACUUCUACACAAAAAUAAGGCAAUGAAGAAAUUGGCUGGGGUUUAGACCUUUCAUUUUGGUAGUCAACACUUCUACUCAAUACUCAUCUAUUGAAGCAAGAGCAUUUCCACAUGCAACUAUGGUUGUUUAUAAAAUACUUUGUUUCAAGCAGUAUCCAUUUUAAAUGCCGGAGGACAUGACCUAAAAUCUCACAUGCUCGACACACUGCUACAUUGACUUUUCAUACAAUCCAAAGGAGACUUCUGAUUGCCUUCCUUUACAAAUGUCAUUGUCAUGGUGGUUGGAAGGUGCAAUAAUUCUGUAAUCUAGAACAGAUUAUUAUGGAUACUGUAGGUAUGAAGAUUUUCAUAUCGGUUUUAUGUAUUCUCUAGUACUUAACUUAAUCUAAAUCUGUAAAGGAAGCUGUAUUUAAAAUGAGGUUAGUUUAACAAACCUCUUUCAAAGGCAUGCACAAUCUGGACCAGACAAAAUUCUUCAUCUUGCUGUGCUUCACUCCUGUGCGCUUUGUCAAAUGUUGUGUGUCUUAUAGGACCUUCUGCAUUGAUUCUAGUGGGGCUCAUUGUGGUUCAUGUAAUGACUGUCAUGAAAGAGUUGGGAUGAGCAGAGACUGGACAGGGGGGCGCAGUUCUGCCCAAAUAGGACUCACUCCUGUACAAUUUACAAUAUCUUUACUUGUUACGGAAUCUUUAUUCCAAGCAAAGGUACGAAGGACAUUUACCUGUUUUGUUCUGGGGUUUUUUUUUCCCUCCCUUUUCUCUUGUUUAUGUCCUAUUUAUUUAUUUAUUUAUUUAUUUAUUUAUUUAUUUAUUUAUUUUUAUAUAUAUAUUUUUUUGUAAUCUUUAAUGACUUUUUUUUUACUCCUAUUUGACCUAAUCUGAUUUGUAUUCUCCAAAUACCACAUUUAAAAUAAAGAUUGACCAAAAAAGAAAGCGGGUGGGAGGGGGGGAAGCCAUACAUACGCACCCACGCAUGCACAUAUGUAUGUAGGUGUUGAACUAUUGUAGUGAAAUAAGAUUUAUUGAACUGUUGCCUGUAUGGCUUUUGUAGAAAACAUGGUUGCUUCUUUCUCGAUUCGAUUCAUAUCUAGCCUUUUCAGCAAUUUUUUGAAAAAAAAAUAUUUGAAGGUGAAAAACAAGUAUAUUUAACCCCUUCAUGAUUCCCUUUGUUCCAGAAGUUGUGUCCUUAAGGGGUUAAAUAGUCUAUGUUCAUCCAUUAAUCUUUAGUUUAUUAGGCUUCAAAGUUACAACACAUGAAUCUAUCCUCUCUACCCACCCACCUAUUUUUUUUGGUAUUUUUUUCAGGGUACAAGCAUGCCAUCUAUAGGCUCUAACUAUAAAACCUGAUACUUAGAAAUGGAUGCAUGCUUACAAAGGAGAGUGCUUAAAACCUGUCUCUGCACAACUGCUGCUGACUGUUUCUUAUAUUUAUAGUUAAAUAGGAAGGAAUUUAUUUUAUACAGCAAUAAAAGGGGGAGGGGGGAGGGGAGAAUUGAUGCCAGAUGCAUUAUACUUCAAAGAUUAAAAGUUUACUGCCCGAAAUGAAGAUUCGUAGUAGAGUUUGUUAUACCAAUAGAAAUCCACCCAUCCCAUGGCAAUAUAAAGGAUCAUAAAAGCACAAAGUUGACAUGCAUUCAGGGGUCACUGGUAGAAAUUAUUAAAGCAUGUUAUCUUGUUUGGAAAUGGCAAAUAUUGGACUGUAAGCGUUCAUCUUGGUAAAAUGUUAGAGAGACAUUAUUAAUACUUUUACAGGUAUAGUGUUUGUAUUUAUAUGACUUGGCACUUAGAUUUUUUUUUUUUGGGGUGGGAGAGGUUGGUUUUUGAAUUUAUUAUUCAUAUACACAUUUAAAAAAAAUAAAAAAAAAAAUUAUAUCAACGGCUCUUUCUUGUCCUUAAAGGACCACUAUAGUGCCAGGAAAACAUACUCAUUUUCCUAGCACUAUAGUGCCCUGAGGGUGGGGGCACCCCCUCCCGCUAGGCUCUGGGGAGAGGAAAGGGGUUAAACUUACCUUUUUCCAGCACUGGGUGGGGAGCUCUUCUCCUCCGAUCCUCCUCCUCUCCUCCCAUUUGGCUGAAUGCGCACGCGCGGCAAGAGCUGCAUGCGCAUUCAGCCGGUCUCAUAAGAAAGCAUUUACAAUGCUUUCCUAUGGACCCUUGCGUGCUCUCACUGUGAUUUUCACAGUGAGAAUCACACAAGCACCUCUAGCGGCUGUCAGUGGGACAGCCACUAGAGGAGUUGAGGGCUGGAUAAACCCUAUUAUAAACAUAGCAGUUUCUCUGAAACUGCUAUGUUUAUAAAAAAAGGGGUUAACUCUAGCUGGACCUGGCACCCAGACCACUUCAUUAAGCUGAAGUAUAUCUCUCUGAUACUCCUAUCGAGAGAGAGUGCAACUUGAUGCAAUAUUUCUCGGAUUAUUAGAGGUCAGGAGUUUGUUUUAUGUGCUCUACUUAUACUGUUUUUGUGUUUUGUUUUUUUUAAAUUUAUAUUUGUAUAGGAGGCCCUUGUUUCACAUGUUUUAUAUUUGAGGAGGUAAAUAAUUUAACCAGGGUCCAGGCAUGUAUAGUUUAAGAGACUGUAAGCUAUCACUUACUGGAUUACUCCCUCCUCACAAGAACUAUAUCUCCAUGACGUUAAAGGACCACUCUAGGCACCCAGACCACUUCAGCUUAAUGAAGUGGUCUGGGUGCCAGGUCCAGCUAGGCUUAACCCAUUUUUUCAUAAUUAUAGCAGUUUCAGAGAAACUGCUAUAAUUAUGAAUGGGUUAAGCCUUCCCCCUAAUCCUCUAGUAGCUGUCUCAUUGACAGCCACUAGAGGCGCUUGCGUUUCUCACUGUGAUUUUCACAGUGAGAGCACUAGCUCAUAGGAAAGCAUUGUAAAUGCUUUCUUAUGAGACGCUGAAUGCGCAGCAGCUCUUGCCGCUGCGGCGCAUUCAGCCGGCGGGGCGUAACGGAGGCGGAGAGGAGGAGGAGAGCUCUCCGCCCAGCGCUGGAAAAAGGUAAGUUUUUACCCCUUUCCCCCUUCCAGAGCCGGGCGGGAGGGGGUCCCUGAGGGUGGGGGAACCCUCAGGGCACUAUAGUGCCAGGAAAACAAGUAUGUUUUCCUGGCACUAUAGUGGUCCUUUAAGAGUCAGCAGUCCCUGGGCACCAUUUUGUUUAUGGAGUUAAACCAGUUUUGAGCUGUUUAAAUACUGACCUUGUCCCAUUUAUGAGAGCUAUAGCUGCCUCCUCUGACUGCCUCUGUAAUCAGGAAAGUUGUUUUUGUUUUUUUUUUUUUUGUUUUUUUACCUUGGCAUCUGGAAAUAGACUAACUUUCUCUACCACUGGUCUGCCCAUUGCAAGUAAAAUUUGCAUACUGUUAUUUGCAAUGGGCGGCAUGUUGAUAGGCUGAAAACGUCGGCUGCCAAGACAAAACCUUACUGAUCACUGAGCUUGCUGCAGGAAGAGUAGGCAUGGCUGAUUGGCACCCUGGGUUGAGACUUCUAUUAUAACCUUUUGAAAAUUGUGAGAUUAAGUUAUGGGGUCUGGGGUUUUUCUUUUAGUGUUUGACUUACUGUCACACUCAUGGUGAAUCCUAAUACAAAAAAAACAUUUUGCUCUAAGCUUCACAACAACGGUGCAUAAUGGCAAAGUUUGGGGUGCAGAAAGUACCUUGCAUCCACAGUCAACUCAGAGUUGUUCUGAGAGUUCUUAAUUAUUGCAGUUUUUUUUUUGUUUGUUUUUUUUUUUAAUCGCCACAGCUAUAAGACAGCCCUUUAUGCUGACAAUCAGGCAACCAAAAUGCUCCAUUCCAAGCUGCCUGUGUCUGGUAUUCCAGGCUGUCUUUAGAUUUAAUUCACACAAAUAUCGGAAUUUAGUGAACCCUGCAAGAGAGCCAAAGAUGCACACGUGGGUGGAUGGUAGCUCUGCUGAUUGCUGCAUGUUGUUCAGUUAAUUGAACCACACUAUAUGAUAACUGAUGACAUCCCCAAUAUGUCUGCUAUGCAUUUUAAAAAAAUAUCUAUUCAUUCUGUACGGUGGUUUAAGAAUAAGUUCAGAUGCCCUUAUACCAGAAUGAGAGGCUCCUUAUUGGUUAAAAAAAAAAUCUGUCUGCAGUAACUGAGCUGAACUGUCACUUUUGUGCUAUUUCCUUGUUCCUUCACCUAAUACAUGUUCCACUUUCUGGGUAACAUAGCCUCCCUAUGAUGUCUCUGAUACUCAUGCACUCUUGGGCAUCUAUGGAGAAAUUCCAUAGAAGCAUGUGUGUCAUAGGCACAGCUCUGCAGGGGUUAACUAAUUUGCAUGCUUUGCCCGGUGUGGCUGGCAAAGUAGUUGAUUAAGAUGCAAAGUAAUCUAGAAUGAAUUUAAACAUAAAAUAUAUAACUAGCUAGCUUUUACUUUGCUAUUCAAUUGUAAUAAAAUUUCAGUGACCGUUCUUUUAAAAAAAAUAAAUAAAUAAAUAAAAAAACUUUAGAAAUUUACCAUUCAAAGGGUUUUUUUUUUUUUUUGUAUAAUGCAUUUUAAAAUCUUGGAGGUCAAUUUUAUUUAUUUGUAUGGUUUCUCUUUAACUCUAAGACUUCUGUCUUAAAGGAUUAGAGAUUACAUCCAACUUCCUACCUCCUAUGAUCCUUUUUUUUUUAACCAUUUUUGUUCAAUUUGUUACCAGCGAAAACUGCAGUGGUAAUCUAAUAGAAAAUCAGUGUGCACACUCUUUGUGUAUGUGUUCAUGCAUACUGCUCCUUUUAACAAAGGUAAUGGGUUAAAAAUUUUAUUUAUUUUUUACUCCGGUCAUACCACGCUGACCUCUUUUUUUCCAACAAGGUUUCCUGAAGUGUUGGCAUCUUUUCCCAUUUUAAUAAACCUUGUAUUCUUGUGGUACACAUGCUGCCUGCCUUACCUUGCAGAAGCAGCUGGAAAAUGAAAAUGUGAAGAAACCGCCAUUUUUGUAUCCCACAUAAACCUUUACAUUGUUCUGUAUUGCUUAUAGACGGAUGCCCACAUAACCUAAAAUUUCUGUAAUGAGUGCUAAAUUCCAGAUUCUUUCUAGAUUUAUUUUUCCUAAACGUGGCGUUUAAAAAUACUUAAAGAAAAUACAUUUUUAUUUUAAAUAUCAGUGUUACAAGCCAUGGGAAUGUUAAAUAUGGUAAGAGGGUUCACAAGGAAAAAUUUAAAGUAGGAGGGGGAAGUGGCACUUCAAAACAGGUAAGGUUAUUUAUGAAUCGAUAUUUACUGUAAUUUUACUGCCCCAAUAUCUAGAGCUAGCCCAGAAACGUGUGAGAAAUUUACACAUAGAUUCCUGUAUUGCUAUAUGGAAUAAUCUCUUAAUGAGACUCCAUGGAUCUUGCCCAUGUAAUAAAUUAAAUGGUCAAAGUUCUCCAUGUUUGUUUCUCUUAAUUUUUGCACUUUAUGACAAAUCCAUAUUUUUGCAAACCAAACAAAUGUACAAAUGUUGGGAGGUACACUGUAAAGAAAUUAUGGAGUUCUAUAAAUGACAGGCUAUUUGCACUGGGCUUUCAAAUGGGUGAUAAUGCCUUCUUGUUAUCAUAUUUGCAUUGUAACUGACUAACCUGGGAAUGAUUUAAGCUGAGAAGUGAAUUGCAACUGAAAAUAUUUUGAGUUGGAGAUUUUUAAAUUUAUUUAUUUUUAUUCUACCUCUCCGUUUUACAGUAUAUCAAAGCAGUUGUGAUGGAAAAUGCAAUAAUUUGACUCUUCGUGAGGUUUAGUUGAUUUAUUAUGAGAGAUUCUGAAUUUGGCUUGUUGUUUACCCAUCCCCCCAUGCAACAUUCACCCAUUCCUGAUAGUUAUAUUCCCAGGGCAUUAGAAAGCCAUAGACUUUUUAAAUCAUAAAACUCCUUUUGUGUUCUUUUAGUCUCUGCUGUGAAGUAAUCAGCCUAAUGAAUAUUUAUGUGUUUGUUGUCUGGGGUGGGGGGGGGGAGAAGAGCAUUGUUCAUGGGAACUGAAAACCCCUUAUUCUAUAUUGGGCCAUCCACAGUAAAAUUUAUUGUGAAAUUUGGUUUUACUGCGUGUUAAUAACUGAAAUUAAGAAAAAACAAUGUAUAAUAAAAAUUAGGAAUUUAAAAAAAUAUAUAUAUUUUCACAAACCCCAUGCGCGCCCACCCACCCCCAGAGAUGAAAUGGUCUGGAUGCCUUUUAGUACGUAGUAUGUUGAGUGGCAUUGUCUUUCCUAUAUUUAUUUUUGCCAUGUAUUUCAGUAUUCUAAAAGUUUGUUGUGGUAUGCGUGGUUUGUUUUUCAUUUUUAUCUAUCUAUUUAUCUGUGGGUUUGAAAGGUGAGUUUUUACUUUUCUUUUCCGCCUUUGCAGUCUCCGUCCUGCUACACCACCUCUUUGGCUCAGAUCAUUAUGAUUGAUGAUCUCCGUCAAUCCAAGUUUGGGAGGGUAGUGUACAUGUGCGUCAAAAUGCAGGCCUGCGCCAAUCAGACAGGUGCUCUCUAGAGAGUCAUUGGUCUAGGACGAAGUUUACCUCUGUUAACACACCUGCGCUUCCGCAGCUCUAACAAACGUUUCUACAAAAGUUUAUUGCAUGGUUAAAACUACAGGGCCACUGCACCCAGACCACUCCAUUGAGAUGAAAUGGUCUGGAUGCCUUUUAGUACGUAGUAUGUUGAGUGGCAUUGUCUUUCCUAUAUUUAUUUUUGCCAUGUAUUUCAGUAUUCUAAAAGUUUGUUGUGGUAUGCGUGGUUUGUUUUUCAUUUUUAUCUAUCUAUUUAUCUGUCUAUCUACAUAUUAAAUCCAUGUAAAGCAAGCACUGCAAUCUCCUUUUGGAAAUGCAAUUGUGAUUAGAAAACAAACUGUUCUAAAACAGGCCAGCCUAUCAUCUCUGGGGAAUGUGAAUUCACAGAGCAGUUGUGUGCAAGGCAUGAAAAUAUUUAUUCUGUUGUUCGUGUUCAAUAUAUGCUUGCAUACAUAGGCUUUCUACUUUGCCAGCUGAUAAUCAACUAGUGCUAUAACCUUUGUAGUUUGUGUGUUUUGACGAUAUAAUUAAAUAUAAAAAAAAUAUAUAUAUAUAUAUAUAUAUAUAUAUAUAUAUAUAUUUUAAAUAUAUAAAAUACUGUACAUCGCCUGCCUUGGUGUAUCACAACCUUAUUUGUCUGAGAUGUAUAGAAUGAUGCCCAUAGAAUUUUCUACUGACCGUUUCGGCCAUACACCAUUAUCUGUCAGUCUUGGACCACAAAUAUAUCUGGCUCUUCUCCACAUCUGAACUGCUCAGUAAUCAACAUUUUUAUUUUCUCACUCUCUUUCCGUUGAUUAGAAAACAAAAUGUAAAGGAGACAGGAUGAAUAUUCAUGAGCUGCAGAGAUUAAUAUGCAUAAUUAUGCAAAUUAGGCAGCAAUUAAACCACCAAUCCUCCAGGGUGGAAGGGGAGGGGGGAGAAUCACAGGCACAAAAGACACUGGGGUUGCAGACUGUAAUUUUUGUAUUUUAUUUUUUUUCCCUCAAUGUUUCUGGUUAAAUGAGCAGUAUAAAAUGAACAUGCUUUAAAGGGGGUUUGUGCAUGUGUAUAUAUGUACCAGGUGUUUUUAUCCCAUAAGUAGAGAAAGGCAUGUGUGCGGAGCAGUUCAUAUCUGUGCCCGAAUAUCCAAAUGAACGUUUCAAUCCAUUGCUUGACUAAAGUUCCUGGGAAUUGGAGUGAAUGUUGACCACUAGAAUAUCCCAAAUAUGGACUGAAAUAUAUUGGCAAUCCUUAUGGCCGUUGCUUCAUAUAUACCUACAUACAGGUUUAAAUGCAUUUGCGAAGUGUGCUCUGCACUACAAUAUUCCAUGGACAGAGGCAUAAUUUGGGAGAUUAUAUAUAGUGCUUGAAUACUACAGCUCUAAUCUUUUCAGUAAGUAUGAUACUUGUAUACAGAGGGAGAAAAGGUCAUCUCUCUAAAAAGGCAAAGAAAAGGUGUUUUUUAUUUAAAAAAAAAAAGAGAUGGAGUCUUAACUGUUUAGGUAUUAAGCUAGGUAUUCGCUAGGCACUAUGUGGUUUGUCUAUAUGUUUUAUAUUGCGAACAAACUAAGUAAAAGGCCCUUUUAGUUCUAAACAAAUCUAACAGUGGAAUGUUAAUUCAGCCCUGCAAUAUAUUGUAGUUUUUGUGAGCUCCAUCUUACUUACAAGGUUUUUUUGUAUUAGUGAAAUACUUUACUAUUUGCUUACAUUUCCGUUGAAUGUUGGACAUAUUAACUAAUAGGCAAAAGUGUGCAAAAAGCCCAGACAGGUGUGUGUGCUAAGGUGUGAAGUAUCUAGAUUGCGAGCUGUUGACUUUUACAGGCAGACAUUAGUUGUGAGAUGUGUUUCCAGGAAUGGCUGUUUUCCUAGACGUCUGUUUUAAAGGAAGAUGCACACAUACCCGAGCAGUUGUUCCCCUGAGGGUCAGUAGCCAAGGCUGGUUACCUGCACCUGAGCACUACAUUCCCUUGUCAAAUUAAACUCUAGGUACAAAGCAGCUCUGUUAUCUUAUUUGUGAGCAAAGUGGUAAUUUCCUUCAACACGAUUUGUCUGGUGGUAACAUUUGUACAAGCAUGCCAAGUAAUAUAAUAGAAGUGAAGUUGUGUGCAUGUAUGUGUCUGUAAUCUAUUUUAAUGAUUACUAUUUAAGUUAUUACCAAAUGUGGCAUCUGAUGACCGUUUUUUUAAAAAGUGGGUUUUUUUUUUUGUUUUGUUUUGUUCCCUUUCAAAUACAUUUUGUUUAUGGAGUACUCUAUAUUAUCCAUUAAUAAGCCACAAUAAUGCAGUGUAAUAUAAAGUGCUCUAACAACUGAACUCUGAAUUGGCAACUGAUGUUUAGUAUUUUAUUUUUAUUUUUCUUAGGGAUUGAGGAAAGGACGAGUUCUGGUUCAUGGGGCACAGGAGACCACAACGGAUCCACGUUUGACCAAGGAAGGGUGAGUACUGAACUAUUCUAGAAAGUAGGGAUGGACUAAUAUUGUUUGGGAAAGGCAUGUGUUUUUAUUUUCAUACCCGGGAGAACAAAGAACAUUAGUGACAAGAAAACUAAUGUAGAUAAAAUAGUUUGCUUAAUAAAAUGAAUAUGUGAUACAAUUUAUCUAUUGGUUUUAAUGACCAUAUUUGUUUUAUCCACAGUUUGGUGGGUCCUCAUCUCUAACACUGCCACAAUUUCACUCUUUCAUUUGCCAUUCUCAAUUUUUGUUUUCUUUUCCCUCUACCCCGUAGGGAUAUGGCGAUGGGACACACUAUGGGGAACACAGAGACCUUCCAUCACACGAAGGGAAUAUGUCCUCUUCUCCGUUUCUGGCAUCCGGACUUGUGGGUAAGCAUUCUUGAGGGUGAUGGGCUAAAUUGAGAGUUUACGUCGCCACCAACCGUUUAGCUGACGAUUACCCCAUUUGGUGGGAAAAUCCUGCUUUAAAUUUUUGUUGCACUGCUAAUUUCGUAAACUUUCUGACAGGUAAAAAUGAUCGGCCACCCUAUUCAUUUGGACGAGACAGUGGGAUGCCCUCAAUGAACCAGGUAAAACAUUGUAAAAAUUCUUCCCACUAAAUUUGAAUCUAACAGUGCUUUUGUUUGACAAUUGUUCACCAACUGGUUCAUACACUAUAAACUGUGUGCAUUUUUAAUAAAACUAAAUGCAUAACUCAAGGAAAGGGGUUUAAAGUGUGAAUGACAUAGUCCGUUUUAUAAUGUCAGCAUGGGGAUUUUAUAAGCUUUUGUUGAUUGGUUAUCAUUUCUUAAAAUUUCUGUAGUGAAUGCUUAAAUAUGUAGGUGCUGUGUAUCUUCAGUGGAAGAUAUUUCUUUAUUUUGUUUUAUGGUGCCAAGUAGUCAUGUACUUUGUGUGCACAGAAGAACAAGAUUUGUGCCAACGUGGAAUAGCAGGGAUUUUUGUAAUGAGCCGUCUAGAGAUGCGUUCUUAGCUUAUUUUGAAACAAAGUUGAUGAUUCAGCAAGAACGGGUUUAGGAGUCACAACUCCCUUCCUCCUGGUAGUUUUGGCAGAAUUUAGUCAAUUGUGUGCGCAUUUUGUCACAAUCUAUUUAAUAAAAAAUACAAAGUGUAUAUAUUAUUAUUUUGAUGUAUGUUUUAAGCUGCAGUUUCAUAGCAAGCAAUAAGCAACCUCUUAUGUGUAUAUAUUGAAAUAUGUAUUUUUUUAUUUAUUUUUUACAUUAUUAUAAUGUCUAGUAGCUUCCACUCCAUUUCUCAAGGUCUGUAUUUGUGAAGCUGAUGGAGGGAGAAAACAGUUUCCUGUUUUAGAUUAAACAACCUUGUUAUAAUCACAUAUGUAGGGCACAGUGGGAUCAGUGGCCUUGGAACCAAAGCGAGCAUUUCAUGCCAUCUGCAAACAUUUGUAGUUUGAAUGCAACAGUGUUUUAACGUUCCCUUACCCACACACCAUUUAAUGGUAUGUAAGAAAUCCAUGCGUUGUCAGGAAGAGAAAUCACAUGUGUUACAGAGAACGUGGUGACAUUUUGAGGCUUGGUGUUCUCAUACAUUUAUUUUAUAUUUUGCCACCAGUAAAAUGUAUAACAUUGUUUUUAUAUGUGUGUUGCAUUUCAGGCAGGAUUUCUGCCCGGAGAGAUAGGCAUGAACAGUCCCAGUGCCCUCUCCCCUAGUGCUGGUAAAGGUGGUUCUCAGUAUUACUCGUAUACCAAUAACUCGCGACGCCGGCCUGGAGACAACGUAGGUAAGUUGUUCCCGGCCUGUUUUACUCCAUUUCUGGAGCCAUGUUGGAUUGGAUGACCAGUGGAAUUCAGUGCUGAAGUCAGCACUUGUUUUUGUAUGUCAAAAUAAAUUAUCACUUUUUUGCCAGUUAUCUUCUUAUGGUAAAACUAUAGUCCUUUUCUUUUUCAGACACGCAACCUAAAAAAGUACGUAAGGUGCCCCCAGGACUUCCUACUUCAGUAAGUGCUACUCUGAUUUUUAAUUUUGUUCUUACAUGUCACUUUUCUUGAUAAAACACCUAUACCAAAAUAUAGUUAUUAAGGGGGCGGUCAUGCUAAAGUAAAAUAAAUUAUGAAUCAAAAUAAAUGUCAUAAUGGAUUUCUGCCAAGUAACUAGCCAUUUCAAGGAAAGGGUCUUUGUUCAGGAUUAUAGGGUAUCACUUCACAGAGUAACCCUGCUUAUUCCUUUGUAUGUAUACAUUUUGUUUGUAGAGUGUAGUAGAGAGUAAGAAGCAGAAGUGUCACAUGUACUAUAAUUAAGAGAGCAGUGUUACAUUUAGUCAACUUAAGCACUCCCCAUUACUAGACUGAUUAUUGAAACUUACUAGAGUAGAAGUCAGAAAAAUGACUAUUCGUUUUUGUUUUUUUAAAUAUUUAAAAUCAUGUCCUUUUUUUAUAGUGUAUUUUUAUUUUAUUUUAUUUGUAUGGAUGCUUAAUGUAACUCUUAGUAUAGUUUGAUUUAGUUUUAUGUUGGUGCCUAUAUCCCCUCCACUCAAAAUAUAUUGUUGCAUAUUUAACAUGAACUGGUGGGGAGAAAAAAAAAUUACAUGAUACUACAAGCCCUAAAGCUUAGUUUCUGAUAUUGAUGAUGUUGAAGCAUUGCGGUGAGGUAAAUAUAAAACACAUCUCUGCACUAUUUCUGUGGUCCAGGCACGAACAUUGCAUGCUUUUGCCGUUCCGUGUCGGAUAUUAACAAAACAAGGUUUCUUCCUGUCAGGGGCUGCCAGAGAUUUCUGGGACAUGUAGUCUUAUAUCCGUUGGGGGAGGCAUCAUCGAACCAUCCUCCUCAUAAUUUUUAUGUGCUAACAUAACAAAUUAAGCUUAGAUUUUAAACAAAGAAUGUGGGGGAGGAGGCAUUAAAUAGAUAUGUAUAUUUUCGCCUUAAAUUUACACAUUUGUAACCUGAAAAAAAUGUAAUAAUAUUCUGUGGGGAACACAAUAUCAUUUUACAUAUUACAACACUGUUUUAAUUAAAUACCCUGCUCUCUCCCCAUUACAAAUUAGAUUCCCUGUUCCCUCCCAAUUACAAAUACAAAUUAUCAUUUUUUAUUUGUUUUUUCAUGUGGCAAAAUAUGUUCUAGUGCUAGCAGACUAAUAAUGGUCCCAUCUAGAAAUUGUUUUUGUUUUGUUCCUUUUGAACAAUGGUUAGCCUUAUUCGCAUAUCUCCAGUGAUGAUAUCUAAUGAUUUCUACAGAAAGCAAAAUAUUUUUAAGUUUGAUCUGGAAUCUGUCUGUAAUCGUCAUGGCCUUACAGGACUUUCUUUUUUGUGUUUAGUAAUAAAUGAAUGAAACCUUAAAAUUGUAGACUACGAAUUGAAAUUGAUUUUUAAACUGUCAUUUACGUUUCACUUUCCUGUCCCUAAAAUAAAGAGCUCACAUUUGAGUAGGUUCUAUAACCAUAUUUAAAAAAGCACAGUGCAUUUAACCAUAUUAACAGACAUUUAAAUGACUAGCAGCCAAAUGUGUUUAUUUUUAGCAAGUUUCCUUGAAAACAGGUAGACGGAAUUGUAAGUGCUUCAAAGGGAGGGGGGAGAGGAAUGCAAUGUUUCUAUAUAAUUUAGUGCAAUGCAAUAAUAGCUUAAGCACAUACAGUAACACACAGCAGUGUGUCAUGAUUCCUUCUCCUCACCCCUCCCCUAAAGCUUCACCACCCCCUCUCUCCCAGCCAGACAGAGCAAAGGAAAUGACUUCACUCUCCUGGAGGGGGUGAACAGCCCACCUCCCCUUUCAACAGUAAUAGGGGGUUGGGAAUGUGAGGAGGGGGUCUGUGUGAUUUACAGCUUCCUGAGUAACUAUUAACUAGUUCAUUCCUUCUCCGUAUCCCAAUAAUACACGGAAAGGUUAGAUGAUUCAGAUAGAAAGAAAAGGGGGAAAAAAAAGUGACUAUGUAUUUAAUUAUAUUAGGCAAUGAGUUCAGUGUUUGUGUAAAUGAUUACAUUUAUUAUGUCCUGGUCAGUGUGUGUAUUUUCUAUAUCAAUGAUAUUUAAAAUAAUUUAUGCUUACAGACACAGCUUGUAAUUUCUUAUCUUCCUGACUCACUGUAAAUACUAUUAAUCUUUUCUUCAAACCAUAUUUAGAAUAACAGCUAUUCGACUAUGUGAACCGUGAAUGUUUUAUAUGGUAUAGCUCUUCUUAAUGUAACUUUAAAUGAUGUUAUAAAUGCAGUUCCUUGCAUUUAAAUUGGUGUAGAAAUUAUUUUUUGGCACGUCGUUAAUUACAAAAUCAGCUGACCGCAUCAUAUACGUCAUUGUAAACACAAUGUAUUUCUCAGUCCUCUAUAAAUCUAAUCUCCACUGAUUUUUGUCCUAUAAAAAUAUAUGGUACAGGCAAAUAGUUCAUAUUUCCUUUAAAUAUAAUUUACAGAAUUUGGUCAAUUAGCAGUAUACUACUCAUACCGUGCACCAUGUUUAAAUAACUGCAGAAUUUUAAUCUGCUUUAUCUAUGUAGUUUGGCUGGUGGAGGUCAUGGGGAUAUUGCAGUCGCCAUAUAUAAAGUCAUCUUGCAUGCCUAAAAGAUAUGUUUUACAAGAGAGGAAUUGCAAGCUGGAAGAAACCGGGGGAAUCCGUGUUUAACUUACUCCUACAUGUUGGAGUCAUUAACUCUUUCCAGGUGUUAGUGCACGAGGCACUAGGACAAAAUCAGGCAAUGGGUUAAGACCAGCGCCAUGAAACAUGAGCCCUGUAUCUGGGACAGGAGCUGGAAGUCUCUAGGGAGGGAGGGAGGAGCUGAAUUCCUCAAUGCCAAGGGAUGCCUGCUCCAUACAUCAUAGCCUAAUAUACUUAAUCUGCUUUAAAUUCUCAACAUUUGGUUUUAAAAAAAAAAAUGUUUUUGCUGCACCUAUAGUUAUUUUGAUCGUUUAGCAUAAUGUGCUCAUAUGAUGUUUAUUCUUGUCGGUCUGGACUCCCACACUGAUAAAUUAUGAGGGCCAUUCUAAGACCAGUACUAUUUAAAUAAAUUGCACAGUUUCUCUUCCCAGUCCAAUUUUUCCCAGUUUUUGUGGUGGUUUUUUGGCCAGUGUAUUUUUGUAGCUGAUGUUUGGCACGGAGGUAUUUGUAGUUUGGUAUCAAAACUGCCAGCAAAUGUGCUUGACUGGAGAGCUUACUCUAACUACCUCUACAUAAACUAUACACAGGGGCUAUAUGAUACUGUUAUCAAAAUACAUAACUGGAAAUUUAGUCACACAAACUAGAACUAUUCUUCCAGAUCUGUCUCUUAAUACCCCCUCUUCCAAGGCCGUCCCCCUGUCAUAUCCCCCCUCCUUUUUCUUAUAGACGCCCCCUCUCUGCUCCCAGCUGCCCGCAGUACUGGAACAUUGCCAAGAUAUGGCAGAUGGUGCUGGGGGUCUGUGCCCCUCCUCCCCUCUCUAUAAUCAAAUUAUAGGAAUCCAGCAUUUUAAUGUUCUAUGUAUUUUGGGAUUCUAAGAGUGUUGCAUCUUCUUUUAACCCCUACAUCAACUCACUAAUGCAGGGAAAAGUGGGCUUAACUACUAAACCUAGAGUUUUGAUGUAAAACAUAGGGUUUUUGAAAAUAAGAACUUCAAAAUGUCUUGCCUCAGCUCUACAAAUUCCAUACUUUCACAUAUUACAGUUUUUAAGACCUGAGUCCAUCACCAAUUAGCUUAUUGCGGUUCUCAGCAUAUUUAUCUUUCCAUUAUUUUAUCUAGUACAUUGUAUGUUCACACCUACAAAGUGUGUUUUUUCUGGUUUUUUUUAUUUGUUUUUUUUUUUUUGUUCUUUCUUGUCCUCCUAUUUUCUCAUUUGUGUUGUUCAGUUAUUUGAUGAAUCUGUGACUGUCUCUAUCCUCAUUGCUUGUAACUCUUUGGCACUUGUCCCAGAGAUGUAACUGGCUCAAAAUUCAUUUACAGACCCCCUCCUUCCCUCUUCUCUGCUUCUCUAGUUGUUACUGAAUAUGUUUGUAAUUGGAGAUUUCUGUAGGUCUUAAUUUCUGUGCUCCUGUACACAAGAAUCUGUUUUGGGAUAUCUUACAUUAUCAUUCUAUUUCUGCAGGUGUACCCCGCUAACUCAGGUGAUGAAUACAGUGGGGACCGGGGAAGUUAUCCUUCCACAAAGCCCUCUAACGCCAUUUACCCUGGGGCUUUCUACAUGACGGGUCAGUUCACCAGAAUCAAGGAAGACUGUGUUUUAGAAAAAUAUGGCAUUCUCUGUAUAAAGCAACAGUAAUCACCAGGAUGUCUUAUUAGAAAUCACAUAGGCUGAAAAACUUGCAUCAAUCAGGUUCAUCCUUUGCAACAUCUGUUUUUGCUGUGCAAGGGAAAAAACAACCCAGUUUGAAGCCCUUUCCAAUUUUGCAACAAACUAGGAAAAGAUUCUUUUCUUGACCCCAGAAGGGCAGUCCGAUUAUCUCCUUGGUUUUAGAAACUGUUACCUCACUAAUUAAAAAUAUCCCUAAAUAUUAGGUUUUUGCAAGGAUUCACCCAGUUGCUGUUUAAAUAUCUGUACAUACUCUGAUAAAAACACCUCUUCAGGAAUUCUACAUCCUUAUUGCAUUUAAAAUAAUAAUAAAAAAAAAAAACCUUUCCCUUGCCUUAUAUGAAAUCUCCUUUCUUCCAGUCUAAAUGUGUGACCUUGUGUCCUAUGUAUAGUCCUGUCUUUGAGUACAUUUCCAGCCAAUGGUUUGUAUUGACCCCAAAUAUAUUUGUAAUGCUAUCAAAUCCCCUCUAGGAUGCUGUUUUUACUUAACGAAAGAUAUAUUUAAAUUUUAUCAUUUCGUCAUAACAAAAAUACUUUAUUACUUUUAGUAAUUUUGUAGCAUGCCUUGGCAUUUUUUCUACUGCCAUAAUAUCUUUCUUUAGAACAGGUGCCCAAAAUUGCACAGUAUGUUUGAGGUGUGGUCUUACUAUUGAUUUAUAAAUAGACAAAAUUACAUUUUCAUCCCCAGAAAUAAUGCCAAUUUUUAAACAUGACAAUACCUUACUGACAGUAGCAACUUCUGAUUGACAUUGCACAUGGUUGCCCAGUUUGCGGUCUAUAACCAUUCCCAAAUCCUUUUUGUAUGUUAUUCCUAAUUCACUAACGUUUGGGAUGUAAGUUGCUUGUGCAUUCUGUAUCCCAAAGUGCAUAACUUUGCAUUUAUCAACAUUAAGUCCCAUCUGUCAUUUGAGUGCCAAGUCCCCAAAUUUUAUCUAAAUGAAUCUGCAGCAAAAUAAUAACCUGCUCACAUUGUAUUAAAACCCUGAAAACAUAACUUUCAAUGCCUAUUUCAAGAUCAUUUUAUUAGUGUUAAAUCAAAUCUGUCCCAGAAUAGAACCCUAUGGGACAUCAUUUACCACUUGUAGUUCAGCUUGAAAAUGUACCAUUAACAAAAUCUCUAUGUACUCUAUUUGUAAGCCAAUGUUCUACCCAAGAACAAGAUUUUGUUUAUUUUUUUUAUUUUUUUUAUGUGGAGUAAUUUCCUUUAGUUUGAGAUGAGCCAAAGGUUAGACCCUCCCUCCCAAGACCUAUUUCCUUCUCACACUAAACAAAUCCACUCUUUAUAUUACACGGUUUGUCAUAGCCUCCACCCUCAGGGACCCCCUCCUGCCAGGCUCUGGGGAGAGUAAGGGGUUAAACUUACCUCUUUCUCCAGCACCAGGUGGGGAGCUCUCCUCCUCUCUCCACCUCCUCUUUGGCUGAAUGCGCAUGCGCGGCAGGAGCUGCGCGCGCAUUCAGCCAGUCUCAUAGGAAAGCAUUCAGAAUGAUUUUCACAGUGAGAAGCACGCAAGCGCCUCUAGCGGCUGUCAAAAGACAGCCACUAGAGGCUGCAUUAACCGAUUUUAUAAACAUAGCAGUUUCUCUGAAACUAUGUUUAUAGAAAAAAAGGUUAACCCUAGCUGGACCAGGCACCCAGACCACUUCAUUAAGCUGAAGUGGUCUUGGUGCCUAUAGUGGUCCUUUAACCGUAAACCUCAUGGCUCAAAAUUUCCAAAAGCCAUUGUCAAGUGAAAAUUCAGCCCUCGCAAGUAGUUCACCCCUGGUAACCGUCUCAUGGACCCUCCAGAUUUGCAGUGCAAAGUAACUUUUAAGGCCUGGUUAGUAUUUUAGGACUUGUACAUUUAAGCCUUAUAGGCAACCAUGUGGGAAAUUACUGUGGAAGGGGACAAAUGGCAGUGACCUCUUUACCCACACUGAUUUCAUCCCUUCCAAGUCCUAGUGACAAACAUUUUGCUCUUUAACCCCUUAAGGACCAAACUUCCUGGAAUAAAAGGGAAUCAUGACAUGUCAUGUGUCCUUAAGGGGUUAAAGGAGUCUGCUUCCAUGUAGAUCUGUGCAUUUUCCAGGUGCAUACAUCCAAUAACUGCUUCCUCAUGUUACUGUAAGUAAGGUGCAUCCAGAUGAUGGUGGUGGAGCAAUGUGAUCCUAUGCCCAAUUAAUUUCUUCAAUAAGAACUCCCACCAUUCCAUACGCACACAGCGCCAUGAGAGCAAUGACACUGUGCGCUGGAAAGUAUUUAUUUUCUCCAAACAAUAGAAAUAGCUUAACAGGGAGAAUUGGUCAUGCAAAUCCUAUGUCAAACAUUUAGGUGAAGGGUUUUACUUCUACAAUAGACUUAUACAAUACACAUUUCAACCAGGAAACCUCUGAAUUAUGCAAGGUUUAUGCAAGAUAGAAUUAAAAUGAUAAUAAAGUCAAUGUCUUCAGUAAAUGCAGGUCUUUGAUUAAACCUUACUGAUGAAACUAUAUAUCUGCAUUAAAGUUUUAUACAUGCCUAGUACUUGCUAGAAUUUUCUUAUUUUUAGUCAAUUUUGUGUAAACAGUUUGCCUGUGUUGUAUAGCAGGGUAGAAUACAUAUAACUAUACAUAGAAAUACACACAUCUUGAUUCCAUACCCCUCUCUUCAUAGGUACUAGCCUUAGUCUUGAUUUGAUUAAACAUUUGUUUGUAUUUAAGGCUGCAUAUAUGAUUUUAUUUUAAUUUUUUAAAGUAUUGUAACAGAAUUACAGAAUCUACUCCGUUCCCUUGACUUGGAUAUUAGCUGGAAGUAAAAAUUACGUAAAACUUACCAUUUUGUGUUAAUCAAAUCCGUUAUGUACUACUGUGUUUAUAUACAAUUGAGUUAAAAUGCUGAGAGGCCAGUCUACAAGAUUCUUCCAUUGAAGGUUCUUGCAACACUCACUUGUGGGACUUUAACUUGCAACAUCAUAGUAGUAUCGUAAACAGAUCUUCUUGCAAAUGCACACAUAAGAUGGCUUUUCCAUCAACCCUCAUGAGUAACUCAUACAUGUAAAAUAGCAGUCUGUUUUAUUGAUGAAUUUUCUUUUUUCCCUUUCUCCGUUGGAAUUACAGUAUAAAUCCCUUUGAGACCAAUCUAAAUAUCCAUCCUAUACACCAUAUAUCUGCUUCAGUAAUGCUCCCAUAAAGCCGUGCAAAAUAAGCAAGUAACACCGUAGCAUUAUCCAUUUUUACAUUUUCUGGCUAGGUUUCCCUUAGCAACAGCCUGCUAUUUUACGCAUAAUAAUGGGACAGCUUUUUCUGUCUUUUGGGACUUGUAAGUGUAAUACGCUCUUUGUCCAUAGAUGCAAAUCAAAGCUAAACAUAUCAUCUCACCACAUUUUUAUCAAACAUUCAUUAGAAAUGUAUUGGAGUGCAUAUGUCUAUAUGUAAUUUGGUUAUGUCUACAAAACCUUGUAAUUCAUGAUUCCAACCUAGAAUUUUACUUGUAAUUCUAAAAUGUCUGGAUUCCACCUCUUCCUGUGUUUCCGGUAGACUGGAGAACUGUAUAUUCUAAAUACAGUAGGCAGCUUCAGUUAUUGCCCUUUUUUUUAACUUUUACUUUGUUUUGUUUUGACCUGUGAUUUUAAACAUGUUCUUUUACUUCCUCAGAUGGACUUCACGGUUCUUCUGAUAUAUGGGCUUCCUCAGGAGGUAUUGGACAAGGAAGCUAUGGGUCUUUACUGGGUGGUUCUCAGCCUUCCAUCACCCAGCCUUCAGGGUUUAACAGUCUGCACCCUCAUGAACGAAUGGUGAGUAUUUAAAACACAGCAAAAUACUUCAUUGUACUGUAAUGUUAUUUCACUACUAAAGAAAAAUUAACAAGAAAAGCAGCCCCUCUUUUGCUGUUCUGCCGAUGCAGUAGUUUUACAUUUGAUGACACUUGUAGGCUGCUAUUGCUCAGAGCAGGUUAUAUAAUUUUUUUUUUUUUAUUAUUUUUUUUGUAGCGUUGACCUUGUCUUUGAGGUAAACAUUUGUAAUUCUAAAAAUUCCCAAAUUCUCCAUUAUUGACACUUUUAUCUCACCAUUCACCAUUAUCACACUUAUCUAAUCGCAGUGUAAUUCUGAUUGAAGUCUGGUUCACAAAGUGUAGUUCUGAAAUACUCCAGUAGAUGGUGGCAAAAUACUAUUAUCUACUGUUAAAUAGUAAAACCCAUUUCUAAUAGCAAAAUUGAUAGUAUCAGUGGGUUACCUUAGGGUUAGGGUGGGGUUAUGGUAGGGUUAGAUUUAGGGAUAAUGGUAUUACAGUUAGGGGUAGCUGUAGGUUUAGGGUAAGCUAUGGGUUAAUGUUGAUUUUAGGGUUAAAGAUUGUGUGAGGUUAAGGGUAAGAUUAGGAUAGGCAUAUGGUUAGUGUUGGUAUAGUUUUAGUGUACAAGUUGGUAUAAGGUUAGCAUUAACUAACAAAAUGUAAUUUAGAUUCUGAACAUAUUGGGCAUUUAACAAUCCAAUCGGAACUGAUAUAUGAAUCAAUUUGGAGUUCUUUUAAUUUGUUGCGUUGUAUGUGUAAACCUUUUUAUAAGCAAAAAUGUGAAGGAAAAAAAAGUUUUUGCCUUUCCCCAUUUUUAAAAAUGUAUUCCCUUGUAAUGUUGUAUUAGGUAUACAUAUAGGAUGUUAAAUGAAAUCCCUUUCUGUCUUUUACAAAAAAUAUGUAUGGGGGUACUUUAAAGAGAAACCCUUACAUUAUGGUGGAACAAACCUAUAGCUCAUAUUCAAGUUUUUUCUUUCUUCUCCUUUACACUUACAGGGCUUUCCAAUGCAUUCCGGUGAGGUCAAUCCUGCUGUGUCCUCCAGCUUUUCAUCUGCCCCUGCACAAUAUGGAGUCUCCAGCCACACACCUCCCAUCAGUAGUGGUGACACAAUGAUUGGUAUGUCAGGUUAUUCAUUGACUUUGUAAUUCCACAUGUGAUACAUGUACAAUCUAGCUAUAAUUGUCAGUACAUACUCUGUAUCUCAAAAUAGCCUAACCUUUAUAUUACAUGAUUUUCAAACGGUUUUAAUUUGCAAAACCAAAAUCAUUCUGGAAUGCAACAUUUUCUUUUAAAGGGACACUCUGCACCAUUAUCAUUUCAUAACAUUGAUCUGGUAAUGGUGCCUGGAGACCCCUGCUGCUACUCUUCCAGUGUUCAGUGUCAAACUGUUCUCGAUUGGUUUGAAACCAAAUUGAGGGACCUUGGAUGAGCAGUGAGACUAAGUGUCAACUGUGCUCUCAGCCUAUCUGUGCUGCCCAUCGUGGGUUUGGAUAGUUAUGGCUAAUGUGGAGUUGCACCUACCAACAGUCCCUAUUUUAUUUAUUUAUUUUUCUCUUCUCCAAGCUUCUGUCUCAUUGUCUUGAGUUUGCUCCUACCACCAACCCACACAGCUCUAAUGCAAUAUUAGAUGUGCAUGUGGUAUCCCAAUGUAGCUCAAGGCAUGAAACACAUGCACAGACCGCUUCCAAAUGAUGUGUUGUCCUCAAUGGGGCUGGCCAGACCGUUUUAGCUAUCCUGACAUGCAUUCAGGCUAGGCGAGGUCAUGCCCCUUUUGCAUCACCAGUGCUCCAUAAGUCUGCUCACCUUGCAACUGGUGCAGGAAAACCCUCCUUUAGUGUUAAAACAUUCAAAAACUGUAUAACACUGAAUUACAGGAUGGUGCCACUUGACUCCUGGCACCAUAAACACCUAAAUGAGAUGACGUGGUUAUGGUGCCUAGGGUCACUUUAAUGUACAUUAUUAUUAAAUGCAUAUAUUAUUAAAAAUAUUUUUUGAAUGUAUUAUACAGUGGGCUCUAUGUAAAUGCUGAGAUAGUAAAACUUGUAAAUGGUCUUAUUUCCUUGAAUACAUUGAUGCAGUUUGUUUUGCAUUCACCUGCAGGAAAUCGAGGGACAGCUACAGGGAGCUCAGGAGAUGCACUCGGAAAAGCAUUAGCAUCAGUAAGUGAUUAAUAGUUAUUUAAAAACCUUGGGGGGCGGGCCUGACUCUCAAGAUGGACAGACGUAUCUGCUAGCAGCUCUGGCAAUCAAGGACCAUUAAACUGCUUCAAAGUGAAGAAAUUACCCUGAAAACUGACAAACGCACUGCAAAUUGCUUACCAAACAGUGAAUAAUUUGACACCGGUGGGCACCGAUCUGGUGUGGAAUCCCGUGGUUCGGAAUUGCAAACUACAGAGCUUGCCAGCUUGUCGGUUGGGGGAGGCGGCCGCUCUCCCGAUUGAAGCACAGCAACCUCAAGUGAGUUCUGUCACACCCCCUCUGGACCACGGGAAAUCCUGGUCGCCACUGGUCAAGCUACUCCUCCGAAACAGAAAAUCUCUGAAUCCCAUCUCCCUCACAAACAUAAGGCUAAACCAAGAUGGCCACCCCACCGCAGCAUCUCCUAAGUCCAAUGGGAUCAGGAGGGCAGGUUUGGAGGGAAAGUUUUGUGGCAAGAUUCAAGCAGCUCUGCCAGAACUUCUGGAAUCGACUUGCCCGUCGAACGCCUGUACUUACGUCUCCAACAACCGCCGUGCCAGCUUGCUAUCCCUCUUCUGGGCUAGGGGCCCACAGGGCGCUUCACCCACAGCAGUUCACACACCCGAAGGCUGGGACCUCUACAUCCUUUGAAUCCUGGACAUCAUGCAGCCUCUCCUAACAAGGACCGAACAGGAUGUGGCAAGCGUGUCCGGCAUAUGGCACUGUUCCUGUGGCUUACACUGCUGGCUGACUAGUCUAUGUAUCAUGACGUAAGGGGGGAGCAGAAGCAGAGCCUGGGUGCAAACUACCCUACCUACACUGGACUGUUAGUGGCAUAGGCUGACUGAUAAACAGAGUUGAAAUCUCACCAACUCAAGAUGGCAUCUCCUAGAGUUUUCUGUUUACACAUUAUUUUGUAAGCAUGCUAAAUUCUAGACUCCAGUUCAGUGCCCUACUCCAUGUGGUCAGCCAGCCUAGCAAAAUUUAUUUUAUUUGUGCAUCAUGCAUUGUAUGACACACACUUGUUUGAUUUUGUUUUGACUUAAAAUAAAAUAAAAAAAAUUGCAUAUUUCUGACAUGUCAGGUAGAAUAUUUACCACUUCUCUUGUUGCAAGUCAUUACCAACUGGUGUAUCUAUCACUGCACUGAAGAAGAAAAAAAUACCUUGUACAGCGCAAUAUGUUUAUGCGCUGUAGUGUACGGUAUCUCUGUAGCUCAUAGUCCUUAUGGUUGAACCAUUGUUCGAUGUAAUGAUGUAUAUAGUAAUAAUUUUGUUAUAUGUGUGCACUUGUUGGGUUAACCUCUUCGAAGCCUAUUCCUUAUUAGCCAGAAAUACGUCCUGCAUUGUAGUCGGAGCGAAUGUCUCUGUUACAUAUUAAUGCCCAUCUCUUUAUUUGCAGAUUUAUUCCCCAGAUCAUUCCAGCACAAACUUUUCCUCUAGCCCGUCCACACCCGUGGGAUCUCCACAGGGAAUGACAGGUUGGUGCUUGUGUGUAUGAACAGUAAAGAUGCAUACAUGGAUUUUUAUGCAUGAUUGAUUAAUGAUAAAAUAAAUCGUUACAUGAAGAGGACUGCUGUCUGAAGCCUUGUUAUAAUUCUUUUGGAUUAGCCUUUCAAAUUCUCAUAAAAUGUUAGAAAAAUGUACAAAUGAUUUAUGUACUUAAGUCGCCAUUGUAGUCCACUUGAAUAUUUGUAGAUAACUGUUUCUAAACUUAAAACGUAUCCAAAAGACUUUAACCAAGGCCUAAGUCUGCUCUAAUCACCUAUUUACUUCCUGCAUAUUUUACUGGUGUUUCAUCCUACUUUUAAAUAAAUACAUUUUCUGUUGAGUGGCAUUUAAUACUAGGGAAACCUAGCAAUGUUUUGGCUGACCUCACCUUUCUCAUGGGACAGAAAUUAAAUGGAAAUACUACACCAUAUUUAGUCCUCUUUUACAUAUUGAUUUUUCUUGAUUUGGAUUUCAAGGAUACUUUUAAGGCGCUGCUUCCGUCUGUUCCUUUUCCACACCAUUCACGACGAGAAUAGACUAGCUGCCUACCUGCGCUACCAAUAAGCACUAGAGACUUUAACUUUUGAGCUAUUAUAGCCUUCUCAUGCCUGAGAGACUUCUGUGUCGUCAGCUAAACUGUUACUAUGUGUCCAUACUAAAGGAAAACUAUAGCGUUGUAUUCAUGUAUUGAUAGGUAAGCUUUUUAUCUACUGCUUCCCUAUGAGCUACAUUUGACGUUCAACGUCCUUGUGUACUGCAUUAGAACGUCACAUGACCAAAUUAAACGGUCUCGGUAGCAGCAGCACCCUCUAGUGGCUGUCAGGAAGUCAGUCAAUUAAAACAUUGCCAUAUCUACUAAGCCCGACUGCACCCAGACCAAGCCUUUGAGAUUAACUGGUCUGGGUGGUCCUUUAAGCUUCACUCAAUGUGAUAUAGUGUGCCUACUCAUAUAAAGGGUUGACUUGAUUUCUAAGACAGGAUUGUUAAAGAAAUCAUUACAAUGCGUAUUCAUUGUUGGGGUACUCUCACCUAACAGAUCCAACUCCUAAUCAACUACAGGAACUUAAAAGGAAGAUACCACACAAUCUCUCCUAUACAUAAAGUGUUAAAAUCUAUACACUUAGUAUAUCAAACCACCAAAUUAAAGAGGGAACAAAGAACCUCUUUGUACAAUAACUUAUGCAAUGACCAUGAGUUGUUGUUCUAGGAUGCCUUUGUUUGUAAACUGCAAUACACUAAAUGCCUGUACCAUGUCCCUACACUCAUUGGAAAAGCAAGUUUAUUAAGAAACGUUUCUAUCUCUCUGAGAUUAGAAUACAAUUUACAUAUGCUGUUAGUCACUUUAACCCUUUAAGGACCAAACUUCUGGAAUAAAAGGGAAUCAUGACAUGUCACACAUGUCGUGUCCUUGAGGGGUUAAACAGGUUUGUGUUUGUUUUCUGCUGCUGUUUUGUUUUGGUUCUACCUGUGUUCCCAAUGCAUAAUGAUCACAUUUGUUUAUAUACAGGGUCAGGGCAAUGGCCCAGAGCCAGUGGUCCAGGAGCCCUUUCACCCAGUUAUGACGCAACACUGCACACGUUGGUAAGUAUGAUUCGGGAUAAGUGGGCUUGAAAUAAUUAUUUUACUCUUUUUAUAUAUUUAAAUAAUGUUUUUCCUCUGCUUGUUUAUUUGCUGAGCUUUAUUAAUAUCUUUAUUAUUUACUACAGCAAAGCAAGAUGGAAGACCGUUUAGAUGAGGCGAUCCAUGUGUUGAGUCGCCAUGCUGUUGGUCAAGCUGGCUCCCUUUCGGGGGGCCACGAGGACAUGCAUACACUCCUGGGUGCAGCAGCUAAUGUUUUAGGAUCUGGUUUUCCCGCAGCAGUUCUUUCUCUGGCAAAUCGGCAUUCUAUGGUGAGAGAAGGAACAAGUAUAAACCUGCUUUUAUGUAGACUGGGCUUCUCCAAGAAAAUAUGGUCCAGUCUUUGUCAUUAGGAGGAUAUUUGUAAUCAAGCCUCUGCUCAUCGCAGCUGCAGUCAGUGGAAUUAUAUUCCCACAUCUUCUUUUUAAAGGAUACAUUUACGUUCUGCUAAAAAUGAGCUUUUUAUGCCUGCUGGACCCAUGUUGUUGUUUUUCUCAUGCAAGGUGAACGCCCAUGCUGAUGAUGGUGCUCCCAGUAUGCUUCACAACCAGGUGACACUACCCUCACAGCCAGGCUCGCAAUCUGACCUCACCCGGGCACAAGAUGCAUACGCAGGUUAGUGGACUUAACCCCCCUAAAUUACUACACAUAAUUUUGCAUUUUAUCAUGGUUUGGAAUUUUUUUUAUUGUACUUUUUUCAUUUAUUUAUUUAUUUUCCUCAUGACUAACCUUUAAAUGAAACCGCAGUAGAUCUGUAUUUAAAUUAUAAAAGUAUGAUCUAAAAAAAGGAGACUUAAAGAUGGGGAUUGUGUUACUGUUUUUUUUUUUGGGGGGGAGGAGGGGAGUUUCUCUCUGCAAAGUGGUGUAAAGAGGGCUUUAGUUAUGCUUUCUCAAAUUAUUGUUUUGAGCUCAGGACCAUGUGUGCAUUCCAGGUAGAUGUUGUUUAGAAGGGUGGGUGUAUUUUUAGGCAGAUGAAGCAUACACUUUAGCUUAAACGACAUAUGGAGUAACUCUACUGAGCCUUAGGUGAUUGUGUAGGAUAGUAGGCAGAGGACCAGAAUGAAGCUGCCAAGUCCUUCAUCCAAUGCGAGGUGCUAUUUGGAAGGCAUUCGAUAAUGCCAUGCAUACCCUUUGCAUCCCAUAAUUAUCCAACAUUUGCACCAUGAGUAAGCAACUCCUAGUAGUCUGCUACAUAAUUAUUUGAGCUGUUUGAGUCUUUUUUUUUUUUUUUUUCAUUCUGGGGACUUUGUUGUAUUUAUCCAAGUUUGAGUAUGUUAAAGCUUAAAUAAAAUUUGUUUCAAUAAUUUCUUCAUAGAGCUCUUCCUCUUUCCCUAGGCCUUCCCUUUUUAGGGAUUCUAUUUUAUUUUUAUGUUCCGUUUAUUCCAUGUUGUUUAAUAGAGGUCUCCAGACCCUUGUGUGUGUCAAGUGACAUGACAUUUAAGUUCAGUCCACUCACAACUAGGGUAUACAAUGCAAAUGAGGGGUACAGAGUGGUAACAGAACAUAAGCCAUCACUGUAAAUUCUAGUCGAGCAAUAUCUCCCCAUGCAGAUUUGAAAGGUUUUCUGUUACGGUGCCAAAAUAGCAUCCACUCCCACACAAGAAUGAGACCUCCAAUUAGGAACCUCUCUUUCUAGUUUAUAGAAACAGAUCUUAUAUAUAGGGAAAUAUGGGAUGAGUAGUUUAUAACUAAUGAGCAGUAUCAGACAUCACAUUGAAUGAGCUGACCUGCUCUUUAAGCUUAUAGCAGCCAUUAUGCAGUUACAAUCAAUUUAUACACAGCCCACUGUUCAGUGAAUCUGGCCAUGUUUCAGAUCCAAAGACCAGUUGCUAUGCGCAGGCCACUGCUUUCUCGGGGAGAUGAGAGCGAGAGGCUUCUCCUUUGUGCACACCAGGUGACCUACAGAUAGGGACAUAAGUUGAUAUAAGCAACCCAUAACAAAGUCCAUAAUCCACAAUUCCUGUUUAGUGCAUAAUCUUUGCUGUAUGUUGCAAUUUUUUGUUUGUGAGUUUUGUUUUAGAAUUUUAAAAUAACUUUCCUUUGUCUACUUACACCUUCCUGAAUUAUUUUGAGAUCGCUUAAAUGGACUUCUUUGGCAGUUACAGAUAAGUUUAUGGGACUUAUACAAUCCAUACUUUUGUAAUGCAGUGUUUUUUCAUGGAGUGUAGUCAACUAUUUAACAUUAAAUAUAUUUAACAAUGGACCCCAUUGUGCAGGUCUCAUAAUUUGCCACCACAGAGUGUCCUGGCAAGGAUGCAGUUUAAAUACAUAUAGUCUAUUCAUUUACCAGUGCGGCAUUCUGUACCAUGAGUGUAUGCAUAGGUCUUCUAUGAAAGUUUUUUUUUAAACUCUGAUCAUCUUUUUUCAGGGCUUCCUGGUUUGGUCAGGUCAGUGGUAGGUGCUAUGGCCGAUAUCAAGCGAGAGAGUAAAGAGGAUGAAGAGAACAGGUCGGUGGCAGAUCUGUCAGAUGAUGAGAAGAAGGAAUCAAAGUCACAGAGAAGUCGGACACGCUGCUCAAUCAACAGGUCUCAUUGAGCUCUGGGGGUCUAGGAGGGAGGAGGGUGUGUUGCACUGUGGGUGGAUGUUAUGAUAAAUAUUUUUGAGUUAUGUUCAAGUAUAUACAUUUUUAUUCCCUUGGGCUACAGAGCUUGCAAUCUAAAUCACACUAAUUGGAAUGUGGGCCAAGAAAGUAUUUGGAUGUAAAAAAAGUUGCACGUGUGUAUACGUGUGUGUGUGUGCGCAUGUGUGUAUGUAUGUGUGUAUGUGUGUGUGUAUAUAUAAAUAUAUAUUUAUUAAAAUUACCCUUGAUGCCAACAAUUCCCCCUUGCAAUCCUAAUCAACCCUCCCCCUCAGUCAAGACGAAGACGACGAAGACGACGAUAACCUUCCACCAGAGCAAAAAGCUGAGCGUGAGAAGGAAAGACGGGUGGCUAAUAAUGCUCGUGAGCGACUUCGUGUGCGGGACAUCAACGAGGCAUUUAAGGAACUGGGAAGGAUGUGCCAGCUGCACCUUAACAGUGAAAAGCCACAGACCAAGCUUCUGAUCCUGCACCAGGCCGUCUCUGUCAUACUCAGCCUGGAGCAGCAAGUGCGAGGUGAGUGGGACCACGGGGAGAGUGGUGGGGCACGGAUCUGUCUGUCUCUCCCUCACUCCACCUCCUCUUUCUCUCCCCUUCAAUCCGGAGAUAUACAUGCAGUUUCCCUUCCUACUACAGCCUUGCUUCUGGACAACGCAUGUAUAUUUUCCUACCCCUUCUUGCUUGCGAUGUAUUGUAAUGUUCUUUUUUGCUUUGUUUUGGGAUGUAUUAGGGGGUGUGUGUACUUAAGGUCUUGCAUGUCCUGCAUGAUAUUCAUUACAUUGGACACAUUCCCUUGGUCUCAUGACUUUAAUUAGCCUGACGGGAAAGAAGACGCUCUGAAUAGUAGUGUCCUUUCUUUGUUCACAGUUUACAAACUAAAACUUACAAAGAUAGUUGAACUUUAUACCUUCACCUUUCUAUUGUUGAGGAGUUCGUUUUUGUUUGUUUUAUUUUGUUAAACUUAUUCCAUCUAUAUUAACCAUUAGAUUUCUUAUUUAAUGUUCCUCUGUCUGCUGAAAUACAAAAAAACACAUCUACCUGUAAAAUUGGGGAGAAAUUUUUCCAAUAGUCUGAAAUUAAUUUUAUAAUAAUCAGCAUUAAGAGACUGAGGCCUGUUGACAAAGCCUACUGGCAAGAAAGGACUAACAGCCUCUGGUGCGCAAAAGACACAGCAUACAAAUGUAUAUGGCGCCCUUGUGUGUGUUUUGCAGACUGUGCAUGCUUUUGCCUCGUCAGCUUUUUGAGGGUAUCUCUUCCGCUCUCUGCAAUCUUGCUUUGUGCUUAGAAUCUGUUUAACUUUGGUGCCGUGUCUGGGCACCUCUCCCACAACUAUCUGUUAUUUUGACCGCUCACAUAAGGGGGAGCUGGUUAUUUUCAGUCUCUGCUUCCUACCUUUUGUAAAAGUCUUUAUACAAAGGGAAAAGUAUAAUUUUAUUUCAUCCUGUCUACAUCACUUCAUCUUCUACUUUUUUUUUUUUUUUUCCUCCCAAACCUUCUUACCCAUUCCAGACCUGUCAUUUCCUUUCCUCACAGACAGCCUGCAACCCCAGCUCCCUUCGUCCUUGCUCCCCUCUUCUCCACACCCUGUCAAACUGACCUUGCACUUGUUGCUCCUUCAAGUCGACAGCUCAGUGGAACUUGAAAGUGCUGUUACAUGCUGCCCCAAACUUGAUUUACAAACGAAAAACCAUACUAAAGUUGGUCCGGGUUGCACUCCAUGCGUAACAGAAUGGGGAAGUGUAAGGAAAGCGUGUACAUUUUUACACCUACAUUUUAUAGUGUUUUAGUUUAGAAUAUUGAAUUCAGCUGACUGUUCCUUCUACACAUUAACCUUUACUGGUUAUAGUGUGCGUAUGUUAGUGCAUGCAAGUAUGUUUUAUGUAUGUCACAUUACAAAGAACUGUUGGCUGAGAAGAUAGAAUCUUUCGAGAUUUUCUGUUCUGCAGCAUUUGGGAAAUUUCUUCUUUACUCAUGGAAACUAGAUAUUUCCCUGGAUCAACAAAAUACUGUUAAAGGGAAGCUCCAAGCACCAUAACCACUACAGAUCGAUGUAGUGAUUAUGGAGCCAAGCAUUCCCUGAUUGCUUCCCAGAGUAAAUAGAUGAACUGUCUCAAAACUCCUUGCAAACUUGAGGUUCAUCAGGUGCCCGCUACCACCUCUUCUCUGGAUGGUAGACAUCAGCAAAGCAGUGCUUAGUUACCGUAAUUAAGUCAGAGCACUCAAUUGGCACACUCUGCCAAUGAGCUGACCCUACACUGCACUCCAUAAAGCCCAUCAGAUCCCAGUCAAAUUGUUUAACCUCUCUCAAAUGGUUUUCCUACUUACCCUAGGAGGACACCCUGGCACCAUGACCUCUAUUUGUAUUGGUUAUGUUCUUUGGAGUGGUCUUUUAAUGGUUAUAUUAUAAGCCAGGCAUUUGUUGUCAAGUAUAACAUGGUGUCACCUUAUAGAUAUUAAUUUUGUACUCAAUGUUGAGGUUUGGUAGUGCAGCUAUAGAUCAAGACAUUCAUUAUUUUGCUUUUGUUUUUUGUUUUUUUGUUUUGUCUGCAUUUGGUUUUACUUACUGCGUAGGAGUAAAUCUUACAAAUGUAGCUGAAUCCUGCAAUUCCUAGUAUACACACAAAUGCUAGAAACUUUGGGAUAUUUCUGACAUUUUUUGUUUAGAUAAUGCUAUUGGAUCCCAGCCAGGCACUGUAAAUACGAUUUCUUUAAGUUAGAUGAUGCUAUCCUUUUAAAACUAAAUUUUCCCCUUUGUUAGUGUUUUUGUUAAUUUCAGUGUGUGUGUGGGUAUUGGUACACAGUGUUUGUGUUUGCUGUAAGUGAUCAUGCAGAUGCAUCAUACAGUUGUGGCUUUUUCCAAUAGUUUUAUAAAGGGGCAGUGUUUGUUUUAAUGUGUGUCCCCCACCCCCCAACAUACUGUCCACAGAAAAAUAAACCCACAAUCUUGGAUGCACAGCUGUUUUUGCUCAGAAUUCACCAUUGAUGUCUUCCUCCCCCAAGCCAAUUCCUUUUUGCUCUGGAUGGAACAGGAUAUUUAUCAGUGUGUCUAAAGCUCUUCCUGGCGUGUUAUCCAUUGGAGUUUCCAAAUGUAGAAACUACCUCUUUGCCCCAGCCCUAUAGCUAGCUCUCUAAGUGGUUAUGGAAAUAAUUGUGUGGGUGCCAUUCCCCUGAUUUGUCGAAAAGUUUUGAAGUGAUCUGACAAAAAGUGAUGUUCUCCUGCCACAUAGAGCCUGGCCCCUCUUCUACCUCUUGGCUAAUGCAGUACUGAAAGGCUCCAUACACCCAUUCAUCUUAUUGCUGCAAGGAUGGGCUUGUGAUUACUGUGUUAACCUUCUCCAGCACUUUCGACCAGCAAUUGCCACCCCAACGUUAAACUAAUGGGGAAGUUAAUUACCACACUAGCCAAGCCACAGCAGAGGGAUCAGGCUUUAGGUCACAAGAUAGCCUAUAAUUGCCACCAAAACUUGGAUAGCUAAUGAAAUAGUUCACUUUAACGUUACCCAUGCAGCAGCUGAAGGUCCUGGUUGUAAGUGCUGAGAGAACCAGUUUGUGUACUCAGUGACUCUUUGCAACAGAACUACAUCAAUAAGGUGUAGAUGGUUAUGGUGGCCCAUUAAAUGAAUAGAAUGUUUGAGAUUGUGUAUGGUGCUGUACAGAUCCCUUUGCUUACUGAGGGCAGACUUAUAAAGUGAAUAUUAUGAUAAAAUAUAUAGUAUGCAUAAACCUAAAUCUAAUUUUUAUUUAUAUAACAAGACUUGGUGGUCCAGCCACAUUAAUAGAAAUUAUUGUAGGACCAAUGAUCAUAUUCUCGUUGUGGAAUAUAUAUAUAUAUAUAUAUAUAUAUAUAAUUUUUUUUUUACCAAGCAUUCAAAUGGGAGUGGGUUGGUCAUUAUUAUGUAUAAUUAAAAAUCAAUUUGAGAUUCACUUUAUAACUCUUAUGCAAGGCAUCUGACAUUUCUGUAAGUGGAUUUCAGUGUGAGUGUUUGUAUGUAUGUAUGUAUACAAUUUGUUUUGCAUGUACAUAUACACACGAAUAAUAAUUAGUUUAUGUAUCAACACUGUUAUUUAUUUAAAAAAUAUACUGUAAACCUACUUACUGUUUAUACUUUUGCUUGUGAUAGUGCUUAUUUGAUAUCUUUAAGCACUGUGCAUAACUUCAGUAUUUAAAGGGAACACUUGAGAACAGUCUAGGUGACCGGCCCCAGCUCUUGCAGGAAGGGGAACAAAAGUCUUGCCCUCCUGAUCUUCCUUGCACCGCUGGUCUUUGUAGCUUACCCAGCCUCCUUGGAUGAGAUCAUAGAAAUCUAUUAUUUCAGCCAAUCCAAUGCUUUCCAACAGAAAUUUCUGUAUUGCACUAUACUUGUACAAGUGCUAUUUCUGCUCAGGAUAAUGAAAAUUAUGUUCAAGAGCAUCUAUGUGACUAAAUGUGAUAGAAACAGUAAGAAUUAUUAACUAUCCAUUAAAAGUUUCAUGAGUGCUUUCCUACACAAUGUUAAUGGAGUAAAAAAUGUAAGCCAUUAGUCCUAACAAAUUACAAGAUUUCAGGAGAGCCUUCCCAUCACAAGCAUUUUUUAAUUUCUCCUGAAAGUUUGUUAUUGCAAAGUUCUGUUACUACAAAAAAAAUCUUACAAGAUGGUAAUUUCAGCUGUUUUACAUCUGCACAAUUGUGUGUACACACACACACACCCCUACACCUAAUGGGGUGUGUUUAUCAAAGCAGAUUAAAUCUGAAUUCCAACAUCUGGGCUGAAAUAACUGCUCGGGAGAAAAAAAAAUACAGUUAAAGGGACACUAUAGUCACCAGAACAACUACAGCUUAUUGCAUUUGUUCUGGUGAGUAGAAUCAUUACCUUCAGGCUUUUUGCUGUAAACACUGUCUUUUCAGAGAAAAUGCAGUGUUUACAUUACAGCCUAGUGAUAACUUCACUGGCCACUCCUCAGAUAAGUGUUAGAGAUCCUUCCUGUGUCAUGGCUGCCUAAAAUGCAUCCAAACAUUCAGUAUCUCCUCCCUCUGCAUGCAGACACUGAACUUUCCUCAUAGAGAUUCAUUGAUUCAAUUCAUCUCUAUGAGGGGAUGCUGAUUGGUCAGGGCUGUGUUUGAAUUGUGCCGGCUCUGCCCCUGAUCUGCCUCUUUGUCAGUCUCAGCCAAUCCUAUGGGGAAGCAUUGUGAUUGGAUCAGGCUACCAUUUCUGAUGUCAGCAGACUGCUUUUUUUUCUGAAGCAAACAGUAUGCAGAGCUACAGCUUCAGGCAGGGAGGGGGGCAGAGUGGCUAGAUGGUGGUUUUAACCCUAAAAGGUCAGGAAUACAUGUUUGUGUUCCUGACCCUAUUGUGCUCCUUUAAGAAUUUGUUCACUGAAAUUCAAAGUUUAGACUGUAAGCUAGUUUGAGCAGGUUCUUCAUCAAUCUAGAGUUCAUGUAGCAUUGUUCUAGUUAUCUUAUUUAUUUAUUGUCUUGUUGUAAUUGUCAUAUUUAUUAAUUAUCCCCCUUUUAUAAUAUUGUAAAGCGCUGUGGAUUAAGGUGGCGCUAUACAAAUGCCAAAAAUAAUAGUGAAAUAUCCUUGAUUUUGUGCGGGAAUUUAGACCUUUUUUUUUUUUUUUUACUAAUCCCACAAAUCGUGUCCUAGCUCAGAUCGCAUGCACAGUGUUUGCCCAUAGUCAUGAUCUUGUUAAUAUACACUUUUUGUGUUUUACAUCAAAGUCCUUUAAUAGAGGAGUUUCUGAUCAUGUCUUGUGGCAUGUGAGGAAAGCAAUUUUCUUACCACUUGGUAUAGAAAGCUAAUUUUCAAGCAAAAAAGAAAGAAAACUAGUCUGUACCUCGUAGAUGCUAAAAAUAUCAAACAAGUGAACAUGUGUAUAUACACCAUCAACAGAAAAAGCUAAAGUAUUAACACUAAUCAGGUUCACGGUAGUUUGAUACUCUAUGUAGGUGCGAAUACACAUGUGUAAGUAUAUUUGUGCAUUGUGCACAAGAUGAAAUGUGUGGUUUUAAUAUACACACAGAAUGUAUAUACUUGACCAUAACCUAUUUUGUGUGUGUGUGUGUGUGUGUUUAUAGGUAUGGCUUUAUAAACAUACAAUGCAUGUGUGUACAAGUAUAUAUGACGGUGCUACUUAGCUCUAUAUCUAGAUAUAGAUAAUAUACUUGGACACUAAUUUGGCACCCCUGGCAAUGAAAGGUUUUAUUGGGGUUCAGAGCACCCCUUCCCCAUUUAACCGUUCAUUCUCCUGGGGUCCAGCAGUGGAGGCAGCAGUAAGGAGGAGGGAAGCAACGUGGAGGAAAAAGACGUGCGAGAUCGUGAAAGGCGGAUGUCAAACAAUGCGCGGGAGAGGGUGCGUGUCCGUGACAUCAAUGAGGCUUUCAAGGAGCUGGGCCGCAUGGUGCAGAUGCAUCUGAAAGCGGACAAGGCCCAAACCAAACUCAUUAUUCUACAACAAGCCGUGCAGGUCAUAAUGACCCUGGAGCAGCAAGUGCGAGGUAUCCUCCCACCUUUUCCACCCAUACUGUCCAUUGCCAGCCCUGCCUUCUCUGCCUCCUGUUCUUGUAUUUCCCUGUCUGCCAUCUUUGAUCUAUGAAUCACAUACAUUUCUGAAGGUCUGACCUGCCCUCUCCAUCUCCUUUCCUUCAAAACAUAAUUUUUACACUUCUAUCAUACCAACACAAUCUUAGCAAUUUAUUGUCAACUCACCUAGUUAAUCCAGGACAACUAAAUUGAAACCCAUUUCUAGGCUCUCAAUGUUAUGCCGAAAAACUCACAUGACAUAGGUUGAAACUUUUUUUAUUUAGAUAUGCGGAUAUUUAUUUAUUUUUGUAUCUGUCUGAAGCUCUCUAACGGCUCUGUUAUGGACUGUAUUUCUUGUGACUGGUACAUUUGUCUUGGCUUUCUUUCAAGACACACUCCUUUUUACUGCAAAAUGUCGGUUUUCUCACAAAUCAUCAAGCAAUGUGCUGUGAGUGAAAAAUUUGCAUCUUCUAUCACUGUGCACCUAUAGCACCUGCCAGGCUGCUUUCCGCUUGCAUAGACAGAUGGAUAUCGAUGCAUAACACUGAAUAGUGUGUUGUAAUGAGAUAAUGCCAUUGAAGGUUUCUGAAGACCCCAAACAUCUGGUUAGAUGGUUAAUAACUGUCCCUAGUUGCCUAGGUGGCAUUACAUUUCCUUCAUGCACACAUCAGCAUUAUCUGAUUUUUAGGGUAGAGGUUAUUUUAUUCUCUUCACUGUAUCCCAAACAACAAAGUGUGUUUUAAGUACUCCUGUUAGUGUAAAGGCAAACUUUGUAGGUGAGUACUACAGUCACCAGAACUACAGCUUCAUAUAGUAUUUUUGGUGUUUACUGCUUGUCACUGCAGGCUUUUUAAUGAAAACAUUUACAAUACUGCUUAGUAACACCUUUUCUAUAUCUCUAUGGGGAACGUUCAGUGUCUCCAUGCAGUGCUGCACAUUGUGCACCACUGACCCAGAAAGCACCACUAGUGGGUCAGUGGUGCACAAUGUGCAGCACUGACACUCAGCAUCUCCACGCACUGCAUGGAGACACUGAACGUUCCUCAUAGAGAUGUAUUUAUUUAAUGCAUCACUGAGGACAUGCAGAUUUUCUGUGCAUGCUCAGUAGCCUCCAAAUGCUGUCCUAUGGGAAAACAUUGGAUUUGCUGAGAUUGUCAAGUUUGAUAAUCUCAGCCCAAGCGGAUGUUUGUGUUCCUGUCACUAUAGUGUUCCUUUAAGAAAUUCUAUGUGAUCUAUCAGCUAAUUGAAGUGGUCUGCAUGCUGUGUCCCUUUUGCAGCUAGUGCUGCAAUGUAAAACAUUGCCUUUCCAGAGAACUGCAAUGUUUAUAUUGGAGCACUAAGUCUGAAUAAUGCUUUGCUAUGGGGAGGUCUAAUGUGCGCGCCGCCAUUGCAGCGCAUGCACAUUAGGUCUCCCCCGCCGGCUGACGUCAGAAGGGGGAGGAGCGUGGGCGAAUCCUGAGUCCUCGGCGCUGGUUUCGGGUAAGUAGCUGAUUGGGUUUUAACACCUUCAGUGACAUGGAUGGGAAGUAGGGAGGGGGGUACUCAAUGAUUCUCUAGUACCAGGGAAACUGGUUUCUUUUCCUGGCACCGGACAAUACCUUUAAAGGGUGUGUUAGUGUAGCGUUAUUCUUUCCGCUUAGGGCAAAUAUUUUAUUUUAUUUUUUUUGUCUCCCUCAACUAUUUCUGGUGGAUUUGAGACUGACUCUUUGGUUGGAGGCAGUGCCAGUUGGGGACUGAAGAAGUGUGUUAAUUUUUUUUUAUUUUUUUUUUUUUUUUUAUAAAUUGAUUUUACGCUCAUGGCCAAAUUCCUUAUAAGAGUUUGCAACGUUUUUAUAGGAAAACCAAUAUCUGCCUUUGAGAUGAAUGCAGCAAGAUGAGUUGUUAGCUUAGUUUACCUUUACAGUGUCAGGGAACUUGCCUGUGCCCAUUACAGUGUGACUAAAAUGAGAAAAAAGUUUAUUUAACAAUGCUCAUUGAAGUUUGACCAAGCACGUGUAACUUUUUAGAUUUUAUUUUGAAUGCCUCCCUUAAUUUAAUUUUUUUUUUUUAGCUUGUGUCUUUGCAUAAUUUGCAGGUAAUUGAUAGCAUCCAAACAAAAAUGGCAAAAAACACACUACAUUUCCACCCCCCCCUCCCCUAUAAUCAUAAAAGCGCUUAAUGAAAUAAUCUGCCAUGGACCUUUUUCUCAUAAACUUCAACAUUUUAUUUAUUUUUACUCACCCUACAAAUCUAUCCUCUCUAUAUUUCUCCACAAUUGGGCUAUUACAUUCUUAUCUUUAUUUUCAAUGUAUGUGCUUCUUAAAAUGAUUUUAUCACUUUCUUGUAUGAUUACAUCAGAGUUGGGGUAAUGAUGAUUUGUGAUAAGGAGUUUCUGAAUAUAUAAUGUUGGGCUUACUGUUAUUGGAACAAAUGUAAAAUCUGAAACCGUUUCCCGGUUCACAAGACAGAUUGACCGCUUUGUAGCUGCCAUAUUGUUUCAUUGAUGGGGUUCUGAGGGAAGCCUUCCUUUAUGCCCUGGUUUGAAAAAGAAUUUGCUAAAACCACUUUAAAUACCAUUCUCUUGACCUAUAUUAAAUCCAAACUCCAUGAAUAGACUCAAGACCCUAGUGAAAACUAGACUCUGUACUCCGUGGUUCUUUGGAAUGUGGUGUUAGUGAUUCUAGAGAUGGUCUUAAAAGGAUCUGCAAUAUAAAGAUAAAAAAAAUUGUCCAAAUGUUACAUAUUUCAUUGAGGUGCGGGUUCCCAAUCCCACUGGCCACAUAUUAUUUAAUAAUGAUGUGCCUUUUCUCUCAGGCACGAUCCCACUAAAAAAAUAUUAAGAGCUUCCUACCUCUUCACCCUUAUGUGAAAUUAGUAUCAGUAAAUGGGAGAAUUGUUUCCUAAUAUUUGCAAUUUCAAGUGCUGUCAACAUAGGUUUAUUUUAUUUGCAUCUCGGCUUUGUUUUAGCUGGCUUGCACUGUCUAUUUUUAUUCAUUUUUCUUUUUUGAUUUUUUCUUUUUUCCUCCCCAAAGUUCUACUCCCUAGUUCCUAAAAUUUGUCAUAUUCAAUUGAUUACUGUACACACUUGUCCCACUACCUAUUUGUUGCAUGGCGCAGCUCAUAUAUGUGCUUUUUGCCUCUGGUUCAAGACCUAGUUCUACCUACUGACUGCUUUCUCAUACAGAGCGGAAUCUGAAUCCUAAGGCUGCCUGUCUGAAGAGGCGUGAGGAAGAAAAAGUAUCAGGUGUUGACCCCCAGAUGGCGCUUUCUGGUGGACACCCAGGUCUGGGGGACUCUCACAACCCUGUGGGACACAUGUGAGGUAGGUGUACAAACAAAGAUAUGAGCUUUAAUGUUAUACUUGAUCGUACUUACUAUUUCAUAAAAUUUGUGCAGCAGUACGGACUGGAUGCACUGAAACAUUGAAGUGAUACUGUAGUCACCAAAUCAAAUUUAGUUUAAUGAAGCAAUUCUUGUGUAUUGAGCAUGCCUCUGGAGCAAGCUUCCCUAAACUCCAGCCCUUCAGAUGUUGCUUAACCACAACUCCCAUGAUUCUCAGCCUCUUUCAUUCGUAGAAUCAUGGGAGCUGUAGUUCAGCAACAUCUGGAGGGCUGGAGUUUUGCUGCACAAUUAUUUGCCAUUUAGGAGGUAAAUCACUUGUUUCAGUUAUGCAGCCCUUGCCAGACCUCCUCUGGCUGUGACUGACAGUCUGCAUGGAAACAAAACGCUUUUCACUUUUAACUUUUUAGAUGUUUUUAUCUCUUGCUCUGCAAAUUGAACUCUAAUUACAUACAGGAGCCUCCUGUAGGCUCUAGCAAGUAUUAAAGGACCACUAUAGUGCCAGGAAAACAUACUCGUUUUCCUGGCACUAUAGUGCCCCGAGGGUGCCCCCACCCUCAGGGUCCCCCUCCCGCCCAGCUCUGGAAGGGGUUAAAACUUACCUUUUUCCAGCGCUGGACGGGGCGCUCUCCUCCGAUCCUCCUCCUCUCCGCCCAUUCGGCUGGAUGCGCACGCGUGGCAAGAGCUGCGCGUGCAUUCAGCCGGUCGCAUAGGAAAGCAUUUACAAUGCUUUCCUAUGGACGCUUGCGUGCUCUCACUGAUUUUCACAGUGAGAAGCACGCAAGCGCCUCUAGCGGCUGUCAAUGAGACAGCAGCUAGAGGCUUUGGGGGAAGGCUUAACCCAUUCAUAAACAUAGCAGUUCCUCUGAAACUGCUAUGUUUAUAAAAGAAUGGGUUAAGCCUAGCUGGACCUGGCACCCAGACCACUUCAUUAAGCUGAAGUGGUCUGGGUGCCUGGAGUUGUCCUUUAAGAGAGCAGGAUGGAGGAAAAGAAUUUGCAAUAAAGCAAGUGUAGACAUUAGAUGAGUCUUUACGAAGGCUGUGUAAGUCGCAUCCAGGUAGAUGUGCCUACAGCUGCAUAAACAAGUGACAGUUGCAUGAUCUAUACACCAAAACUCAUUCAUUAAGCUGAAGUUGUUUUGGUGACUUUGAUGUACUGUUUUCCUGAAACAAAUAUUGUUCUAAAUCCAGUUUUGAUUUAUUUUCUCUUCUCGUUCCACAGUUAA